AUUGUAGCAUCUAUGUAGGAAUGGCUAUGGCAGUCAACAAUGUUAAUAUUGCAUAUUAGAUAUGGUAGCAUAAUUGUGUUUUUUUUUAAUAAGUAAAAAUUUAUUUUAAAAUGUAUGCUUAUUUGUUUAUAGGUUAUGAAAUAAAUAACGAUAAUAUCAUAAACACAAAUCGUCGUCAAUUAAAAACUACAGCUUCAGUUUCAUUAACUGAAAAUUUAAGACCUACCUUAAAGCUACAAGGUAAACCUGAUACUUUAGAUAGUUUUGAUAGUAAUGGUAACAAUUAAGGUUUUAUAGAUGAGAUACUAUCAACAAUUUGAUACAUUUUUAAUAAUUAUUUUGUUAUUUUUAUAAAUUAUUAAUAGAUAUCAAUAUUGAUUAUGAGAAAAACAACUCUAGUUCCUCUAGCUCUGAUCUAGUGGAACACAAUGUAUUGGCACUAGAAGAUUCCAAUGAUACCAAAUGUAGUUCUGUUGAUAAUCAGUCAAGUACGAUAAUGAUCUAUUUUAUAAGUAUUUAAUUUUUAAAUAAGAAAUCAUUUUUAAUUAACUUGUAUUAUGUGUUUUUUUAUUUUUAAUUUUGUGUGAAUAUUUGGUAUAUUAGAAAUUUAGUCCAAUUUAAAAAAAGACUAGCUUUUUUUUAGUAUUUUGGAACUAUUGUGUGUAUUGACGUUUCUUUUUAACGUCUGCUCUUUUCAUAGUUAUUAGGAAAUAAUGAAUUUGAAAAAUUGACCCAUUUUUAUGACUAAAAUCCCAUCAAUUAAAAUUUUUUUUGAAUAUUUUAUUUUUAUAUUUUAAACCUUGCCCACUAUUUCAAAAAGGGAUUAAGCAGGUUGUUUUAGAGUUAUUUUAUGUAUGUUAAUGGUUUCUUUUAUAAUUACUCCUGAAAUUUUCAUUAAACUUGCUGAUAUUUCAUAGGAAAUUAUUUUAUUCUUGUAGAAUAUAUCAAAUUUUUUUUUGAGUCGAUUUUUGACUCUACUUGUGGGCCUUCUUCAUUAUUGAGAAAAUCUGGAAUUGCGACGCGAUUGUGUGGAUUGAUGUUUGAUUGAGGUAACUGUAGGCGGAAGUAUAUGGUUAUUACCAGGUGAUAUGAAAGUUUGUGGUUUAUAUCAGUAUUGCGAGAUAAGGCAAUAUCAUGACCAACAAUUUUACAACUUCCAAAUUAAAAUUAAUCUAAAACAAAAGCAUGAUAAUAUUAAAUAUUGUAAUAUUUUUGGAACGGCAUGUUAUUCUUAGACCGAAAACAUCACUAGCUCAUUGAAAUGACCAGGCUCCUAGAACAUAUUUGAAUGAAUACUCGUUUGUCCAAGAAUCGGAGCAACUGUACGAUUAACAAUGUAAAGAUUGCAGUGAUGGGAACCUAAUUUGUUGUUUGAUUAGUACUGGAAAGUAAACCCAUUGUGUUUGAGGAAUCUAAAACGAUGAUACACAAGGUAGUUUCGUGAACAAUAACGUUGAUAACGAUAAUAAACCUAUCACACCUUGUUGCUUAAUUUUGUGUUGUACCAACAAGUGUAUGCAGUAGAACGCUGAGGUGCCUGAAAUAGAAGAACCUUGAGGCGGUAUCGUUGAUGGGAGAAACUUUGAUCCCAAUUAUGAUCAUUCAUUAGGUGACCUUGACUUCCGGAAGUUGGCCUAUAUGAAUGGAAUUAAAAGAGGUGGUUUACUAUGUUUCUUCAGAGUUGUAAGAAAUCUGAUUCCUCCAAUGCAUUGGAUCUCUGCUCAUUUUGUUUGGCAGGUAAUAUCAAUGUACCGAAUCUAAAGGAUUAGUUUCCGUAGAGACGUGUAACCAUUAACAGUAUAGUAGAAAGUGUUGGAUAUUAACAAAGCGAUAGGAGACGAAGAUUUUUUAACAUAUUUCGAUAUAAACCAAGAUUAAUACUACAAAAUUCGAUCCACACACAUAUUUUUGAUGGGUAUCAUCGAAAUAUCUUAAUUACAAGAAUGUACUCUGUUAAGUAGUAAAGCGGCUCACUGUUCAAGACGCGAAUUUGACCAAGUUGUCCCUGUGGGAUAUAAAUGAAAUAGCGCUUUGGUUUUGGGGGUGACGAAAUAAACGAGCAUUUCUUAAGUGAUAACGCGGUGAAAAAUGGUCAAAGUAUAUCUGACUUGUGUUGCAUCGGUGAAACUUAAAAAUCGAACACUCUAAGUUGGACAGAGAUUUUGUGGCCCAAUAGGUUGUAGGUUAGAGACGGUAGUUCAAAUAUGAAUUGAUCCUAUUAAAGUUGAAACAAUGACGGUAACCUAAGCGACACAUUGGUGUGAAAUUUGCCUUAAACUAAGGCAUCAUAUAGCUAAUAGAUAAUAUAUUUAGGUAUUCUACACACAUAUAUAUAUAUAUUAUUUAGUCAUUGUUGUCUCUCAAAAAAAUGUGUUAUUUAUACUUAUGAUAGUUAAUAUAAAAUAGUGCGAUAAAGUUAUUUAUAAUGAAAUAAAAUUGUAAUUGUGGCGAAUAAAGUUGGUGAGCGGUUUUAUUUUGAAUUUUAUUAUAGGCCGGUCAAAACUUUCCAUUCUCUCAAAAAGUGAAAUCAUGCUACUGGUUGAAUAGCCGUGCAAUGUUAAAUACAACUCUUUGUUUAGUUAAAGUCCAAUCCCUCAUGUUAGUGUGGUAUCUUAAGAUGUCCAUGUAUGGAUCCUCUAAUGAAAGUCCAAAACAUUUUCAGAUACAUCUUUUGGAUCAAAUGGAAGAUAUAAUCUUUCAGCAGCACAUUUUUGAGAGUGUUGCUGUAAUCGGUAGAUAAUAUUUUUAGGUCGCAGGUACCUAAACAAAGUUAGGGCACUUGAACAAAAAUAAACAACAGAUGACCGGCACAGGUGUUUGAUCAUGACUGCAGGGAGUGUGUGAGAAUUUAGUAGAGCCAACUGUAGGUGGAAACAUAUAGAUAUUACUUGACGAGAUGAUAGAAUAUAGUAUUGAGAGAUAGGUGAUCAUGACCAAUUAGUAGCAUAUCCAUCAGCAGUAUCAGCUAGUUUUAAAUUUGUUAAUAUCUUUUGAUUAUUAUUUCACUGUUUUUAGAUUUACAUUAUUUUUUUAUUUUAUAGGUUAUGAUGAACAUAAUUUUAUUAACACAGAUGAAACCGGUCAAUUAAAAAAUACAGAUUUAGUUAAAAUAACUGCAAAUAUGAGAUCAGAAUCUAAGUUAAUAGGCAGACCUGAUGCUUCAGAUGGUAGUAGUAGAAAUCUAACUAUUAAAAGUUAGAAUGUUUCUUAAAAUUUAACUUAUUUUUUUAUAGUAGAAGUCAAUAGUUCUGAUGAAGAAUCUCCUGGCUUGAAAGAACCAAAAUUAUUAGUAUCGGAAGAUGAAGAAGAAGAAGAAGACUCUAAUGGUACAAACUGUAAUUUAGUUGUUAAUCAGUCACGUAAGUUCAUAUAUUUAUUUAUUUAGUCUUAUUUUUACCAUUUAUUAUUAAUACUUAUUAUUUAUAGUAACUUUUUUUUUUUGUGUUUAAACCUCUUUUUAACUAGUAAUCUUGCUCUGAUAGUUGAGUGUUUUGUUCGAAAUCCAAACUGGUAAUCUGGUAUAAGUUCCUCUGCUUCAAUAAUUGAGUUGAGACGCUUGAGAAAAAAAUUUUCAAAUAGUUUUGACAUGCAUGGUAGAAGCGAUAUCGGUCGAUAGGAGGGAGCUUGUUUUAGUGGUUUCUUGGAUUUGAGCAACAUGAUUACCUCUGCUCAUUUUCAUUGUUCGGAAACGAAUUCUGUUUACAAGAUAGCGUUGUAAAUGUGGAUAAGAUGGAUGAUUGCCUUCUUAGGUAGCUCUUUACGUGGACUGAUCUCAUCGAAUUCAGGUGCCUUUUUCAUGUUGAUAUUGGUGUCAAUUUCAUGAGCCACUUCAAGUUGUGCUUUAACGAUCUCAUCAGUAAAUUUUUGUACUGAUAAUUUAAUGUCAGUUGACGAUUUUAACUGCACAGCAAGAGAGAUAGAUUUUUCGAGAGUAAUUCUAAAAAGGUAUGUUUGUUUGUUAGAAAAUGUUUUCGUUUUUUCAUAACAACAUUUGAACUCAAUGAUAAUAACACAGGAAUGUGAUAGGAAGUUAGCUCUACUAGUCCUUCAGCUUCAACAUAAUUAGAGGAGGAAAUACCUUUAAUUAUGAAGAAGUCAAGUAGAUCAGAGAUAUUCCUUGAAUCGGUUGGCCCGUAAGUUGGUUCUCUGGUAGAAAUUAUAUCAACGUUUAUACUGUUAGCUACUUUUAGCAGAGCACCUCUUUUUGGAGUGAUCAGUCUUGAUCUCAAGUGAGAGUGCUUUGCAUUGUAGUCACCACCAGCAAUAAACCUGUCUCCUAGCGUUUGGAAAAAUGAAGUGAAUCAAGUUUCAUCUGCACCUCCUUUGGGUGAACAAUAAAUAGCUGUGACCGUGUGGUCAUUAUUUCCAUUUUUAACACAAACACUUGUGGCUUGUAAGUGCAGUUUUGAGUAUUCUUCAAGUUCGAAGUGUUUUAUAGUUAAUUGUAUGACACAGCUGUACCUCCGCAUGCUCUAUCACUUGGGUGUAAAGUUGUAUAAAUCUUGUAGUUUUUUAUUUUUAGAAUAGUCCACAAUGUAAAGUGUAUUUUGGAUAUAAGGGCAAUGUCGAUGUUUUCAGUAUUUAAGAAAUUAUUUAGUUCUUGUUUACUCUGUAUUAGCCCAUUGGCUUUCCUUGCAACAAUCCGAAAUGUGCGGUUCAUUUCUUUUUCUUCUGACUUUUGUUAUUAGACUUGAAUUGAUUACAUUCUAAUCUAUCUAGUUCAGAUGUGACAUUAACUAACAAUUUAGUAAUGUUAGUUAAGGCAGACAAGAUUUCCACUAACAUAGAGUCAUUUUCACUAGUUUGUUGUUGCUGCUUGGACAUUUUGGGUGUUACGUUAUUUGUGGCAGAACCAGUCAUCUGUGAAUAUGAGAUAGAUGCAGUAACAGGUUUUGUUGGUUUCUGUUGAAUGUGCUGUACUGCAGAUACCUUUUUAGGAUGUGCUCUUUCUUCUGUCUUUUUGUAGGCAGAACAUUUCUUCCAGUUUAUAGUAUGUGCUUCACCACAAUUUGCACAUUUGGCUUUUGAUUUUUUUUAGGCUUUUGACAGUCUUCUAUUCUGUGUUUUUUACCACAUUUCACACAUAUAGACAUUUUAUAACAAUAAUUCUGAGUAUGCCCAAACGCCUGACAGUUUUUACACUAUGGCACCUCUUUUCUCUUUCUAGGUGUUUCUAUUUAAAUUUUAUGAUAACACAAACUAUCUAGAUUAAAUAUAUCUUUAUUAUUGUCUUGUGGAACUAAGUCUACUAAGAAUAAUGGUAGUUUUAUCCUCGUCCAUUCACUAUUUUUGUCUUUUACAUUUGAUUUUUUUUUUAUCUGGAUAUUUGAUACAUUGCUUGCAGUAUGACCUUUUUCCACUAGGUCUCUUGAUCUCACAUAAUUCUGUUUCUGGAUGUAAUCCACGAAUUAUGACCCGAAAUUUUUUUUCCGCUUUCAAUUGAAAUUUGUUAAAUUCGAUUUUACUUUCUUCAAGAAUUUUGAUUGUACAUUGGAAUUGAUGUUCAUCCUCGGUUAGAAUUUUUACAUCAAAAUUAGCUAUUAUUUUCGAGCUGCUGUUUGUGGCCAGAGACUUCUUCACUAGUUAGUCUACUUACCAAGUUUUGUAUAUUUUUGACACCACUAUCUGUGAUAGGUGGUGGUUUAUAUCCUUUAGUUUUUUUGUCAUUAAUAUUUCCUAUCAAUUCUAGAUUUAUUUUAUUUGAGCUUUUACUAACACCUGAAUUAGUAUCCAUCUUUUCAUUUUCCUUCGUCCUGUAUGGAUUUUUAUUUUUAUUAGGAUCAUUAAUAUUACUUGUAAAUGUAAUUCACUUUGUAGUUGUGCAUUGCUUGUUUGUAAUUGGGUCUCAAGCUUAGUUAAUUUUUCGUUGUCUUGUUAUAUUUGUAGUAUAACUGCAUGGUCAACUAAAACCUUACACGUCAAAGACAUUCCGAUAGACGUUCCAAGUCGCUGUACGUGUGUAACCCAGAUAAUUUAUAUUACGUCACUUGACACUUCCGUCAAAGGUGAAAACAUAUGUAUUGUUAGUAUAUUACUAAAUAAACAUGUAAAUUCAGCACUUGCGAGCGAAACAUAUGUGUUGCUCAUUCGAUAAACAAAACGCGACUCAAACACCAAAAUAUAAACAAUAUUUUCAUUGACUAUUUUUGUAUUCUCUAAUAUUCCCCAAGAAUCUCACCUCUCUCCACUCUUGUUUAGCAUAUUUUUAAAUGAUAUUAAUUUUUUUUUACGCAUUGUGACAUAUUCCUUUGUUGAUGACUGCAAAUUUGUUGGAAUGAUUAAAUCUAUGGAUUACUCAGAAUUACAUCAAUUAGAUUUUGAUGCAGUUGUUGAUUGAUGCUCUAAUAAUGAAAUGCAUUUAAACAUAUUUAAAUUUAAUAUCAUCUCCUUCCACUGUAAAAAGAAUCUAAUAGUCUUCUUGUACCAAAUUAGUAAUAGAACGUUAUCAAUUGUUACAUUUAUAAAGAAUUUAGGAAUUAUGUUUGAAUCAAAAUUUAAUUUACAUAUUUCAAGAAUCAAUAAUACAGCACCAAAGUAAUUAGGUUUUAUUAGACAUCACUGCAAUGACUACUAAUCCUUUCGAUUUCAAAUCAUUUUACUGCUCACUAAUUCGUUCUUGUUUUGAUGAUGAUUCCACUCUUUGGUAUCCUUAUCAAUUAGUCUGAAUUAAAGAAAUAGAGGCUAUUCAAAUAGAUCUAUAUAAUUUGAUUCCAUUAACUUUCAAAUACACAGAUAACCACAUUCACUGCAUAUGCCAUUAUUUAACUUUUUAAAGGUUAAGUUACUUUAGAAGUUAGAAGAAAGAAAGUGGACUUAAAUUUUUUAUAUAAACUACUCAAAAAUUUGAUUGAUAGCCCUGUAUUUUUCCAUGAUUAAAUAAACAAAAAUUUAAUGUAUGUUAUGUAAUUUAAGAUGUGUUGAAUUAUUUUAUUUGCCUGUAGUAAUAACAAAUUUAAUGUCUUGGUUGAAAAAAAUAUGUAGUUCUACUUUUGUUAUGCUUAUACCAUAUUAUUUUUCAAAUGAGAACGCACUGCAUUGCACAUUAUUGUUGGUAGCGAAAGAACAUGCCAUUCUUUCAUUAGUUUGAUUAGUUUGAUUUUUUUAUAAUUGGUCACCAUUGGUCGGCUGCUAUCAAUGCCGCCAUGCAUUCGGAGAAUUGAAUUAAAUAAAUUAAAUUAUUAACAAGGUACCUAUUAUACCUAAAUAUUUUUUACUCAUAUGAUCUACUAUUGUAUCAUACCGUCUACCUGUUGUUUGACACAUACAAAUGGCCUUUAAAUAUUGUAUUAAUAAAGCUCACUAUGUACAUGCAUGAAUUUCAACCGAUUCUUGUCUGCUGCCAAAUGCAUCUUCAUUUGAAAGAUAGUAUAGCAAUGUUGUCUUUAGUGUUGAUGUUUUUCAUCGUCUUUUCUGCUUUAUGUGGGGUUGGGUCAAUUAGACCUGGUGGUCUUACCUGUACCAUUAUGUAUCCUCUUUGACUAUAUUUAAGCACUCUAUCAAUGAAGUUUCUUUCCUGUCAAUGUUGAAUUAACUCUUCCCCAAGUCUCAAUAAUUAUAUUGUUUCCAAUUAUCGGCCAAUAUGCAUACAAUUUCAUGUAUUAAAAAUUGUUGAAUCACUUGUCUUUAGUGUAAUUCAAUCGUCUUUAUGGAUGAGCAGUAUGGCUUUUGUCUUAGCUGCUUUACUCCCAUUUUUAAUCUCUUGUUUUGCAAUUAUAUUUCUGAUUCAUUUCAGAAUCGAUCUUAUUUCGAUGUGAUAUACACUGAUUUCUAUACAUUUUUUAUUUUUUAUUUAUAAUAUUUUAUUAUAUAGUUUUUAUUUUUGAUUCAUAAAAGUUUUAUUCGAAUUUAUAAGGAAUUUGGGUUUAAGUUAUAGUUAUUGAAAGGCAUGUAUGGCUUAAAGACUUCUAUUUGAAGUUUAACUUUUUUUUGAUUUGGUCUGGGGGACAUUCACCUUUCUGUUUUAAAAAUAGUAUGCAUUGAGUUCUGGGUUUCCUGAUAUCAAACUUUAUAUGCGUGUAUGUUCGCUGAUUGUUACAAAAUAACUGUGACCUUUUCUGAAUGGUUUGGUGCAUUUUAUAUGUCCAAGUAUAAGAUUUUGACAUUCACUAGAAUCAAAUCUGGUAGUUUUUUCUUACAGUUUGUAUUGCUAAAGUAUUCUGCGUGUAUCUGAUGAUGUUAUGGAUCUUGGUUUUAAGUUAAGCUUUUACCUCAAGCCUAAGAAAUACCUAAUCUGCCGGGUGCUUAAAUUACUUGGUUUUAUUAUUAGAUGGCGAAUGAAUUUCAUCUUGGUAUGUCUGUUAGUGUUUUAUAUUGUGCUCAUGUCCGUCAAAUUCUUGAGUAUGGUUGCAAUGUGUAGGAUCUCCAUAAGGUUAGCGACUUAAGGCAGGUUUAUGUUAUGUUAGGUUCAUACAAAGGUUUAAAACCUUUAGGUCUUUAAAAUUCUCUGUUCACUGCGUAACUAUGCGCCGGUUGCUAAUGUUCUUGGUGUUUCCUUAACAAAGCGAAGACAUGCUACAGGUUUUCGUUUCAUUUAUUGACUAUUAAAUAGCAAAAUAGACUCUACUAAACUCGUUUUGUCCAUUUGUAGUAUAUAUUUUGAUCACUUAUUUUUGUAGAGGUGAUUUUUUUUAUCAUGAACUAGCAAUUAUCCCAGAGGAUUUUAAGUGAAUUUGAUUUGUGUUUUUUUCUAAUCACGAUUGAAUCGUUUAAGCUUUAUUUUAAUUUCAUUUUUUAUUAUUAAUUUUUUUUAUUUUUAAUUGAGUUAUAACAGUAAUCUGAUAUUAGUCUUAUGCAUAUCAAAAUUUCUAGAAAAAUAUUUUGUAUUUAAAUCUGUGUUCAAAAGAGGAGUUCUACUUGAAAAUCAAAAGUGUGCACUUAUUUAAAGUAUUUAAAGUAGGGGUAAAAAAUUAAAAAUUGUUUUAAAAUAAAGCUUAAAGUAUUCCAUAAUGACUAGGAAAAACAGAAAUCAAAUCCAUUUAAAAUCCCCUGAGAUAGUUACUGGUUCAUGAUAAAAAAAAUCACUCUGUGUAAUCUUUUUCUUGUAAACUCAUUCAUUUAAUUCAUGUAUAUGAAUUUUAAUCUGACUCUGUUUACAAUACACAUCAUGUAACAGGACCUCACUUCAGAAAAAAAAAUAAAAUAAAAUAAUGUAUUACAGGGUAUGAAGUGAAUUUUGAGUUGAUUUCAAAUGAUAGUAAUCAUUCAGAAUCUACAGAUUUAGUAAUACCAACUGCAGGUCCAAAAUUUGGAUCAAAUUUAGAACGUGAAACCGACCCUUUUAAUGGUAUUGUUGAAUACUUAAUAAUAUUUAUAGAAAAUAUAUUUUCUUCAGUUUAUUUAUUAUUUUUAUUUAAUAGAUAUUAACAAUUCUGAUGAAGAUAAUACUUUUGAAUCAGAACAACAAGUAACAAUGGAAUCAGAGGAUAAUAAUACAGAUUGCAGUUCAGACGUUCAUCAUUCAUGUAGGUUUUAUACACACUAGUUUCAAAUUUUAUAUUAGUAUUUUGUUUUCCUUUUAAAAAUCUUUUAAUAUUAUAAUUUUAAUAUACUUUUGUAAGAGUAUGAUCUUCAACUUAAUUGCACCAGUUUAUGACAUGUUAUUUAUUUCAAAAUUGAAUCUAUUUUAUAGUUCAUGAAGUUAAUUAUGAGACAAUCUCUAACAAAAGUAGUCAAUCAGAAACUAUAGAUUCAAAAUCAAAAUUAGAAGGCGAAAAAGAUGUUUUAGAUGGUAUUCUUAAAAAAAAAAACCAAAUUUUUAAUGAGAUAAUUUUUUAAAUUGACAAAUUUUUUAUUGAUAUUUGUAGAUAUUAAUCGUCUUAAUGAUGGAAAUAGCAUUUCUGAACCAGAAGAACUAUUCGUAUCGGAAUCAGAAGAUUACUAUGAUACAAAUUGCAGUUCAGUUGUUACUCAUACGCGUGCGUUUACUAUUUAGUGUUAAGUUUUAAUUAGUCUAAUUUUUUAAAUUUACUUAUUACUUAUUAGAAUGUUUAUUAAACUAUAUUAGAUUUAUUUAGAUUCUGAUGAAGAGCAAUGUAUUGGUUUUACUAUAAUUUGUUUUUAUUUUUAAAAUGUUUAUUCAUUUGUGCCUGUUAAUAACUUAUCUAUUAUAAAAAAUUGUGUUUUAAUUAAAAACUUUAUAAAAACAUUCUUCUAAAUUUUCUAUCUAGUGCAUUGGGAAAGUCAUUUUGAUUUUUCUUAUAGUUUUCUCAAUAAAUCAAACUAAUUACCAAUUUUUAUUAAUUUCUAUUAACUUAACUUUCUUAAUUAUUUAUAUCCGUAUCUACUUAAAUAUUAAUAAAUUUAAUCUACUUCUUGCUUCCUAGAAACCAUUUCUUAUUAUUAUUUCUUAAUUAUAAUUUAAUACUAUUACUGUUUCAUCAUGUUUUGUAAUAUUUCUUAUUGUGUAACAAUUACUUUGGUUGGUAUCAAGGGAGAAAAUACAACUAAUAAUGCAUUGUUCAGAAUCAUUUUUUUUAUUAAAAAUGGUUUAAUGUUACAUAUAGAUAUAAAUUACAUUACUCUAUAUAAUGUCCAUUGCAACUUCACUCCUAAAACAGUAGUACAGUCAUCAGAAUUAUCAGUUUUUUUUAAAUUUUAGUUUUUAGGUUUUAAUAAGUGUAAAUAGUAGGUUUUUUUUGUUGCUGAAAUGUAUUGUUUAGUCCAUUCUUUAUUAUUUCAAAAUGUGUAUGUUUUAUCUGCUUUAUAGGUUAUGAAGUAAAUUAUGAAUUGAUUUCGAAUGAAAGUAGUCAAUUAGAUACUACAGAUUUAAAUAUAAAAACUGCAAAUUUAAAACCUGAAUCAAUGUUAGAAGGUGACAUAUGCUUUAGAAUUUAGAUAGUUAUAAUUCAACAUUUUUAGAAGAGUCAUUUUCUUGAAUUUAUUGACUUGUUAUUUAUAUUAAUAGUUGGCAAUCAUCAGAAUGAAGAGGAUAAUAUUCUAGUACCAGGGGAACUAACUGAAUUGGUAUCAGAAGAUUCUAUUGAUAAAAAUCAAGUUAAUCAGUCAUGUAUGUUUAUUAGUUAUUUGACAGUUUUAUAAUUGAUUUUUUAUGAUAAACCUAAUAUAUAUUUACGAUUUUCCAUUAUUAAUAAGAACAGUAUUUUUAUUUAAAUUCUAAUAGAUUGAAGGAUUUGUUUUUGUUUAUGAAUAGUAGGACUGCUUAUUGUCACAUUAUUUUAAAUUGUUGGUGGUUUAUCCAUUUAUCUGUCUUAUAGGUUAUGCAGUAAAUUAUGAGUUAAUUUCAAAUGAUAGUUGUCAUUCGGAAAAUUCCGAUAUAGUUAUAACAAACAUAGAUUCCAAAUCUGAAUCAAAGUUAGAAGUUGAAGCAAUUCCUAUAUAUGGUAGUGUGGAAAAUCCUAUAGAUAUAGAUGAAAUAUUUUCUUAAAUUUACUAACUUAUUUAUAUUUUUAGGUAUUAAUCAUCAUCAUGAAGAGAAUACAAUUUCUGAAUCAGGAGAACAACUAGUUCUAGAACCAGAAAAAAAUUAUAAAGCAAAUUAUAGUUCAGUUAUUAAUCACACAAGUAUAUAAUUUCCAUUCAAGUUCUUAGUUUUUAUAAUUUAUUAAUUUUAUUUUUCGAUGUAAAAAAUAUUUUUUAGAUUGUAUAUCCUAAUUGAGUGAAGGUUAUUCACUUUGUUAUUGGAUACUAUUUUAACUUUUGUUUCGUCAUUUUACUUUUUAAUUGGUUGUUUAAAAAUUUAUUUACCCGUUUUUCAGGAUAUUCAUCUACUAUAGAUGAAUGCAAUCAGUUAAAGACUACUGGUGUAAAAGGUUCAGAUUCCAAACCUGAAUUAAAUUUGAAUGAUAAAAUACAUCAUUUAGAAGGUAUUGUUAAAAAAAACUAAUAGAUAAACCUUAUAAAACUUAGGUAAAGAUGAUAUCUUUUUCUUCUUAAAAAAAAAAAAAACAAAAAUUAUUUACAAUUGCAGAUAUCAAUCAUUUUGAUGAAGAUAUUACAAUUCUUGAAGCAGAGGAACCUUUAAGUUUGGAAUCACGGGAAGUGAUGGAUGGAAUUCAUGUAGUAGGAGGAGAUGGUAAGCCAAUUAGUAGAUAGUUUAAUUUAUUUUUUUGUUCAUUAAAUUUUAUAAUCUGUUAGACAAAUCAGGUUGUAUUGUCGUGUGAUAAAGAAGAAAAGGUGAAUAAGUUUUUAUAUAUUUUUUUUUUUUGCAAAAAUAGGUAAAUUAUAAAAAGGAGAUAAAACAUAAAAUAUUAGAUUCUGAGUGGAGCAAAGAAGCUUAUGGUUUUACAAAGAUGUUUAUUUUUUUUCUGUGGACAAAUUUUUUCUACUAGCAUUUUGCUACGAUUUACAAUGAUAGUACUUUUUCUUAAAGGAAAUUUGACUGGAAAUGUUCAAGUAAUAGUGUUUUUGAGAAACAGAUUGCCAAUGCUGCUUUUAUCAAGCUCUCUGAAGUGUAUGCCACUGUAUGGAAACAGCUUCGUGAAUAAAUUAAGCAAAGCUGUACCUUGUAAAAAUCAAAUAACACUUUUAAAUAUUAUUCUAACUAACCAUUGUUGUCAAGAUGUUAUGGGCUUCAAAGGAAGCAAGUGGCCCUCACCAAAUAGUCUACUGCCAAGUCCAAUACUUGUACUAACCCCUCUUUAAUCUGUAUUAACACGAUAUACAAAAAACAAAAACACCAAAGUUCCAAUAUGUUGAUAACAUUGUGAUCAUGUGCCAGAGCAAGAAAUUAAAAGUUCGAAGCAGCACAUCAAAACUUGCAAUAUUUAGCGAUUUUUUUUUAAGUAGUGUUCAAAAUCCAAUUAUUUGAAGACUUAGGUGCGUAUAAGUACAACACAGUUUCAAGUCCAAGUUUCUGGGAAUUACUCUUGACUGCUUACUUACCUUCAAGGAACACCAUUUACAUUUUUGACUGAGCGUAUAUGUCUUAUCUUAUCAGUGUAGUGGACAAUCUCAACCAUACCUUAUAGAUUGAUCACCCUAUAUAUACAGUGGGUAUCAGUAUAUAACAUUACUUAUAAGAAGAAAUUUAUGUUAUCUGCAGAGUAACUAAUUAUUUUAUUACACAAUACAUUUUCAUUAAUAACACCAAUCAUUUUUAAAACUACAACAAUGGAACAAAUUGUUGGUGGUGUUUUUAAAUGGUUGUAUGAACUUUUUAGUUUAGGUAAGAAGAGAGUAGUGGAACACUGUGCUUGUGUGGUGGCGUGGUGCUUGACGUUUGAUUAGGUUCCACUUUUUACUUAAACAUAUUUCGUCAACAGGUACACAGAAAUAAAAAAUGUUGACACCAAAAUUAAUUUAAACUCUCCAUUUAUUUAUGAAAUUUCGGACAUAGGUUCUCAUUUGAAUUUUAAAAGUUCCCCCCCCCCUCAAAAUUCCACAAAAAAGAAAAAGGUGUUGAUGCUUUUGGGGGUGCUACAUCUCAUUUUUUUCUCCUUAGUUCGAAGUUUAAAUGUUUGGGUCAAAGUUUUAUACUGCUUCAAAAAAGUUGGUAUCCUAAAUGUAAUCUUAAAGCCUAGUCAAUAAAAAAUUUAAACAAUUUUAUCUAUAAUUCAAACUAGAUAUCAAUGAUAUCUGUUAUUUCGUUACGGCAUCAUCAGAUUAACUUAUAUAAAAAAGUAUCUACUUAAAGAGCAUAUUCAGCAUUGUGGUUCUGAGAAUAAUAGUAAUGAUAAUAAUAAUAAUAAUAAUAAUAAUAAUAAUAAAAAUAUUUAUGGGGUCAUAUGACGUAAACUUUUUAGAUGAAUGAGGAAUAUAAAAUAAAUGAUUGUUACGAGUGUGGUGGCUAUUAACUUUGGAAUUUAAUUGACUUAAUAUUUGAUUAAAUAAUAAUAAAUAUAUAGAUUUUAUUAUACAUAGAAUCCAUGAAUUUAAUGACAAAAGUAGUAUCAAAGGUGAUUAAGCAUUAUAUGAAUUUUUAUAAUUUUAUUUUAUUGUAAGUUAAAUAAAAUAUGUUUUAUUCUUUGAUUUUUAUUACAUGAUACAAUGUUAUUUUAUUAUAUUGUUUUCUCAAUAAUGAUUCUGGACAUUUUUAAAUUUGGUAACUAUUUUAAACUUAAUUGUUGCAUUAUUUACAUUUUAGAUUACGAAGUACCUAAAUCUUCAAGCACACAAAGAAAUCAUUCACCAGAAAGUAAUCAUUUAACUGUAACAACCGCAAAAGAAAGUCCUGAACCAAAUGUAGACAAUGAAAACGUAUUUAGUGGUAAUGUUAUAAUCAUUUAUUACAUUCCUUUAUAAUAAUUAUAAAAUUUAACUUUUAAGUAUUUAAAAACUGUUUUUGACAUUUUUGAAAAUUAUUGUAUUCAGGUUGUCAUUUAAAUUUUAAGAUGUUUUUUUUAAAUUAAUCUUGGAGUUUUUCUUUUUUAAAUUUUAUUUAACCAUAAUAGUUUUUAUUUUAAAUUAAAUUAUAAAUUGUUAUAACAUGUGUAGUUGAAAUUGGUCAUUUUGAAGUAGAAAUUACAACAUCUGAAUUAGAAGAAGUAUUAAGAGUGGAUGAUCAAUAUUAUAUUGGUUCAAAAAAUGAUUCAGUUAAUAAUAAGUAUGGUAAGUUCUCUGUUCUCUGAGCAGAAUACACAAGUAAUAUUAUAUUACUUGUGUAGAAUAAUUUUAGUAAACUAUUAUUUUUGAUUUGGAAUAAAUAAUAGUAUAAUAUGUUUAUACACAUUGGUAAAUAUACAUGUAUUUAUUUGUAUAAUUUUUAUUAUAUUUUAAAUAGGUAAUUUAUUUUAAUAUGAUAUUAAUAAUUAUUAAUAUUAAUAAUAUUAUUAAUAAUAAUGUUUAAUUUGUUUCCAUAUACUUGUAGAUAAGUCAAAGGAACAUAUACAGUUUAACAAAAAACAAGACUUAAUCAACUCACCUAGUUCUAAAAGUUGUAAUAAACCCGGUAAGUUGAUUUACAUAAUUAAUACAAUAGUACUUAAGAAUAAGACAUAACUAAAAAAAAAAAAUUGUUAUAUGAAUUUAUUGGGUAAUAUUUAUUUAUUCUUUUAAAUUUGCUUAAAUCAUAUAAUUGUAGUUUAAAAAGGAUUAUUUUCUAUAAUUUAUAUUUUUAUGGAUAGUUCAUGGUCUUAGAUUAUUAGGUCUGACAUGAAAUCCCCAUAUGUGAAGGUCUUAUAAUAUACUUGUAAAAAAUCAAUGUUAAUCACUAAAUUUCAAUAAUACUACAAAUACAUAGACUAGACUCUUGAUAUACUACCAUUUAUAUCAGAUUGUAUAUCGGAAAACAGUUUUUAAAAAAAAUCAAUCAUUUUGUUUUAUUAUUAGUUUAUGGAUUCAAUUAAACAAAAUAUAGAAUCGCUUAUCUGUCUUAUAUGAACAAUAUAUAAUGGAAAAAAGUGUUAUCGGCUUAGCUCUGAGAAUUAACCCAGAAGCAUUUCUGUUUAAUAUCAUGAUAAUAUCACAAAGUUAAUACCAUAUAUUUGUUUAACCCAAUAAUAAAACUUAAGCAAUAAUUAAUGAACUCAAAAAAAAAAGAAAAAAGAAAAAAAGAAGAGUAAAGAUAUUAUAAACUAUUAGAACUGCGUGUAUAUAUAAUAAUAAUACAUGUUUAUUCUUCUUGAAGCAUAUUUAUAUAUGAUUUUUCUCAUUUUGUAAAUAGUUUCAUAACAAUUGGUAAAAUUUAAUUUUUAAAAUCUAUUUGUAUUCACCAGAGGUUAGUCAUAUUAAUGAAGAGAUUAUUAAUUCAAAGUCAGAGGAACAUAUACAGUUUAACGAAAAACAAGACUUGAUCAACUUACCUUCUUCUAAAAGUUGUAAUAAACCCGGUAAGUUGAUAUAGAUAAUUGCUGUUUAGCAAUUGCUGUUUAAUAUCAAAAUAACCUUACUAAGUCAAUGCCAUAUAUUUGUUUUACUCAAUAAUAAAACUUAAGCAAUAAUUAAUGAACUCAAAAAAGAAAAAAAAGAACAGUAAAUAUAUUAUAAAUUAUCAGAAUUGCGUGUAUAAAUAAUGUUGAUACAUGUUUAUUCUUCUUGAAGCAUAUUUAUACAUGAUUUUUUUCAUUUUGUGGAGUUUCUUAAAAAUUGGUUAACUUUAAUUUUUAAUAAUUAUUUGUAUUCAUCAGAGGUUAGUCAAAUUAAUGAAGAGAUUACUAAUUCAAAGUCAGAGGAACAUAUACUGUUUAACAAAAACGAGGACUUGAUAAACUCACCUCAUCCUGAAAAUUGUAAUAAACCCGGUAAGUUGAUUUAGUUGAUUAAUACAAUAAUACUUAAGAAUUAGAUUUGAUUUAAAUUAUUAAAUUAGGGUUUUUUUUCUAAUCAAAAAUUAAAUAGUUUCCAUUAUAUUAAUAUAGUUUUAUGAAUUUAUUUGAUAUUAUUUAUUUAUUCUUUUAAAUUUGCAUAAAUAAUAUAAUUGUAGUUUAAAAAGGAUUAUUUUCUAAAUUUAUAUUUUUAUGGAUAGUUCAUGGUCUUAGAUUAUUAGUUCUAACAUGUAAUCCCCAUAUGUGAAGAUCUUAUUAUUUACUUGUAGAUAAUCCAUGUUAAUCACUGAAUUUCAUUAAUAUUAUAAAUACAUAGAGUAGACUCUUUAUAUACUACCGUUUAUAUCAGACCAUAUAUCGGAAAACAUGUUUUUAAAAAAAUAUAUCAAUUUGUUGUAUAAGUUCAUGGAUUCAUUUAAACAAAAUAUUGAAUCAUUUAUCUGUUUUAUAUUAACAAUUUUUUUUUUUUUUUUAUCAAUCCGAAGAUUGGUUAAAUGAUUAAUGGUGUUUCUCUCCACUUAUAAUCCUCUUCAUCUCCCAGUAUGUUCCUAUUCCGAUAUCUUCCAUCACCUGCUUCAGAAAUGGAGUUCUGGGUCUUCCUCUUCCAGGUUUUCCUUCGAUAUUUAUUUCCCUCUAUUAUUGUGGUUAUCCAAGGACUAUUCCUUAGUAUUUGUCCGAUCCAUGCUUUCCUUCUCAGUCCUUAGCGUAUUCCAUAUUGAUUUUUAAGUAUUCUUUCUUCUGAAAACCUCAUCAUUUUUUAUCCUUUCCGUCCAUGAAAUUUUUAGCGCUCUUCUCCAACACCAUACUUCAAAGGCUUCUAUUUUGGCUUUUUCAGCCUUCAUUAUUGUCCAAGUCUGCUCCAUAUAGAGCUACGCUCCACACAAAGCUUUUUAUAAGUGCUUUCCUGGUGUCCAGACUUAUUCUGUUUGAAGUAAAAAGAUUUCUCUUUUUAUAAUAGGCCUGUUUAGUCUGCGCUAUUUCACAUACUAUGUCUGUAUGGCUUUUCCCAUCGCUUGUAAUUUUGCUCCCCAGGUAUAUGAAACUUUGAACUGUCUCCAGCAAUAUUCCAUCUAGAGUUAUAUUUACAUAAAUCUGCUGUUUGCUACAUAUAAGGAUCUUGGUUUUCCGUUGGUUUAUUUUCAUGUAGUGUUCUUUAAGCGUGUCGUUCAUUUUUUCGAGCAUGUUAGUUCUGUCUUCUUCACUUUCUUCGAUUACAGCAAUAUCGUCCGCAAAAUGCAACAUUUGCACAAGUAUUCCUCCUAUCUUUACUCCUCCAAUAUUUUCUUUUCUUACUUUUUUAAGGCUUCUUCUAUGUAUAGAUUAAAUAAUGUAGGUGAUAGAUUGCACCCUUGCCUAACCCCCUUUGCAAUUUUAGCCUCCACCUGGUUGUUACCUUUUUCAGCUUUUAUAACUGCGAUUUCAUUGAUGUACAGAUUAUGUAUAAUUUUUCUAUCGUUAUAGUCUAUUCCAAUGUCUUCCAUAAUCUUAAAUAGUUUUGUCCAUUUAACAUUAUCGAAGGCCUUCUCCAAAUCUAAGAAGGCAAUAAACAGUGGUUUGUUGAUUCUAAACAUUUUGUCUAUGAUUAUUCUUAAGCAUAUUAUCGCCUCUCUAGUGCCUCUAUUUUUCCUGAAACCAAAUUGGUCUUCAGCUAAAUUUUCGUUUAUCUUCGACUCUAUUUUUUUGUGCAUUAUUUUUGUAAGAAUCUUAGAAGCAUGUGUUAUGAGGCUAAUUGUUCUGUACUCUUCACAUCUCUCUGAUUUCUUUUUCUUGGGAAUGGGAAUUAUAAUGCAUUUCUCGAAAUCUUUCGGAAUGAUGCCAGUCUUGUAUGCUUUUCCUAUUAUUCUAAACAGAAUAUCUUUUCCAUACCCAUCUAAUGCCUUUAAUAGUUCUCCGUUUAACUCGUCUAUCCCAGGUGCUUUAUUACUUUUAAGUUCAUUUAAGGUUAUUUCAAAUUCUUCUCUUAAUAUAGGUGGUCCUGUGUUGCAUUGUAUAUCUUCCCGCCUCGUCAUGGAGAAUUGUAUAGUGUCUGCUUGCUCGUUUCCAUAUAAUUUGUCUAUGUAAUCUUUCCACGUCUUUAGUUUUUCCUCUUCAUCACUUAUAACUUUUCCAUCACUGUUUUUUAAAAACGUUGACCUAUUUCUAUGUUUACUGAAAAAUAAAAACUGGUGAUGUAGCAAUAGAAGAAAGUUUCAAAAAAUUUGUAUAUUCUGCUCUAGUUUAAUUGCACUUAAAAUAUGCAAUAUCUAUCUGGAGAGAUAANUUAGUUUCAUCUUGGUUUUCCGUUGGUUUAUUUUCAUGUAGUGUUCUUUAAGCGUGUCGUUAAUUUUUUCGAGCAUGUUGGUUAUGUCUUCUUCAUUUUCUCCGAUUACAGCUAUAUCGUCCGCAAAACGCAACAUUUACACAAGUAUUCCUCCUAUAUUUACUCCUCCAAUAUUUUAUUUUCUUACUUCUUUUAAGGCUUCUUCUAUGUAUAUAUUAAAUAAGGUAGGUGAUAGAUUGCACUCUUGUCUUACCCCCUUGGCAAUUUUAGCCUCCACCUGGUUGUUAUCUUUUUCAGCUUUUAUAACUGCGAUUUUAUUGAUGUACAGAUUAUGUAUAAUUUUUCUAUCGUUAUAGUCUAUUCCAAUGUCUUCCAUAAUCUUAAAUAGUUUUAUCCAUUUAACAUUAUCGAAUGCCUUCUCCAAAUCUAAGAAGGCAAUAAACAGUGGUUUGUUAAUAUUAAACAUUUUCUCUAUGAUUAUUCUUAAGCAUAUUAUCGCCUCUCUAGUGCCUCUAUUUUUCCUGAAACCAAAUUGGUCUCGAGCUAAAUUUUCAUUUAUCUUCGACUCUAUUCUUUUGUGCAUUAUUUUUGUGAGAAUCUUAGAAGCAUAUGUUAUGAGGCUAAUUGUUCUGUAUUCUUCACAUCUCUCUGGUUUCUUUUUCUUGGGAAUGGGAAUUAUAAUGCAAUUUCUCGAAAUCUUUCGGAAUGAUGCUGGUCUUGUAUGCUUUUUCUACUAUUCUAAACAGAAUAUCUUUUCCAUACCCAUCUAAUGCCUUUAAUAGUUCUCCGUUUAACUCGUCUAUCCCAGGUGCUUUAUUGCUUUUAAGUUCUUUUAAGGCUAUUUCAAAUUCUUCUCUUAAUAUAGGUGGUCCUGUGUUGCAUUGCAUAUCUUCCCGCCUCGUCAUGGAUAGUUGUAUAGUGUCUGCUUGCUCGUUUCCAUAUAGUUUUUCUAUGUAAUAUUUCCACGUCUUUAGUUUUUCCUCUUCAUCACUUAUAACUUUCCCAUCACUGUUUUUAAAAAACGUUGACCUAUGUCUAUGUUCACUGAAAAAUCUUUUUAUUAUGUUGUAUGCCUUAUCACCCAUACCUUUGGAAAGGUAGUCAUCUACUGAAGAGCAUUUAUCAUUCAGUCAUUCUUUCGCUUUCUUUGACUCUUAAAAUCAUGUUUCUAUAUACUUUAUAUUUUCUUUUAUCUUCAUCAUUUUUUCCAUUUUUAUAUUUUCUUCUUUCUUCUAUGAGGUCUACAAUUUUAUUCGUUAUCCAAGGUCUUAUCGGGGAAUUUCUCUCAUUCCCUAGUUUCCUUUCCACCGCUGUUGUGACUGCUUCUUUUAACACUUCCCAAUCAUCAUUUAUUCCAUACGGCUCAUUCUGCUCUUUUAUUUGCAAUUCUUUUAACUUAUUAUUUACUCCUUCGCUGUAAUUAUAUCUUAUUUCUUCAUCUUUCAGUUUAUCUAAAUACCAUUUUUUCCUUGUAAUUUGUUUGUUUUCCAUUUUUUUAAGGCUUAGAUUGGAUUCCAUUAUGACUAAAUUAUGAUCACUAUCUAUGUCUGCUCCAGGGAAGCUUUUGCUUUGUUUUACUUGAUUUCGGUAUCUUUUCCUAACAAGGAUGUAGUCUAAUUGAUAUCUGGUUUCCCCUCCUGGCCUAGUCCACGUGUACCUUCUACGCUUAGGCUGUGAGAAUAAAGUGUUUGUGAUCACUAAGUUUUGUUCCUUGCAAAACUCUAUUAGUCUUUCGCCUCUUUGAUUUCUCCUGCAACUGCAUUCCAGUCUCCCAAGAUUAUCAUAUUAUCCUUCCCCUUUGAUAACUUUAUAACUUUGUCAAUUUGCCCAUAUAUUUCCUCAAUAUUAACGAUAUAUAAUUUAAAAAGUGUUAUCGGCUUAGCUCUGACCAUUAACCCAGAAGCAUUGCUGUUUAAUAUCAUAAUAAUCUCACAGAGUUAAUACCAUAUAUUUGUUUUACCCAAUAAUAAGUUUUAAGCAAUAAUUAAUAAACUCAAAAAAAAAAUGAAAAGAAGAAGAGUAAAGAUAUUAUAAAAUAUUAGAAUUGCGUGUAUAAAUAAUGUUAAUACAUGUUUAUUCUUCUUGAAGCAUAUUUAUACAUGAUUUUUCUCAUUUUGUAAAUAGUUUCAUAACAAUUGGUAAAAUUUAAUUUUUGAAAUCUAUUUGUAUUCACCAGAGGUUAGUCAUAUUAAUGAAGAGAUUAUUAAUUCAAAGUCAGAGGAACAUAUACUGUUUAACAAAAAAGAAGACUUGAUAAACUCACCUCUUCCUGAAAAUUGUAAUAAACCCAGUAAGUUGAUUUGGAUAAUUUAUACAAUAAUACUUAAAAAUUAGAUUUGAUUUAAAAAAAAAAAAAAAAAUUGUUUUAUAUCCAUAUAAUCCUUAUUGGGUAAUAUUUAUUUAUUCUUUUAAAUUUGUAUAAAUUAUAUUAUUAUAGAUUAAAAAGGAUUAUCUUCUAUACUUUAUUUUUUUUGGAUAGUUCAUCCUCUUAGAUUAUUAGGUCUGACAAGUAAUCCCCAUAUGUGAAGGUCUUAUUAUAUACUUGUAGAUAAUCCAUGUUAAUUAAAAAUUUAUAUUUUACUUUAAAUAAUACUAUUCAAGCUGUCCACGUCUUUAUUCUUCGCUGUUAGUAUUGCCCUUUCACUUAUCCAAUCAAGAUGUUUAUAAUUGUCUUCAAUGUUUGGGAACACUUUUGUAAUGAGUUCCGCCUUCGACCAUGUGAACUCGAAAAUAUUUUCCGGGGACGAUAUUAAUCCAGUCAAAUCAACCGGAAUUUGGCCAUUGCCAAGCGCCAGCAGUUGUCUCGAGAAUUCAGCAGCCAAUGGGUCGUUCUGCAACUCAACUCUCAUGUUCGUGGUCAAUUUCAACUUCUUGACAUGUCGCCACAAUAACGACGAUUUCAGACAUGCAUUAAGUUCAUCGGCAGCAGUAGAUUUCGGGAUGACGGGAAGUGUUUUGCGAAAAUCUCCGGAGAGCAAUAUCAUUGCCCCACCAAAUCUUCUCGAAUCACCUUGUGAAUUCUUCAUCGUUCGGUCAACUGCCUCCAAAUUUAGUUUAUGUGCCAUCGUGCAUUCAUCCCAAAUGAGGAUUAUGCAUUCUCGCAUCAAUUUCGCUGUCACUGAAAUCUUUGUCGUUGUGCAUGUAGGCUUGUCAACCGUUAGAAGAUUCAUUGGCAGCUUCAAAGCCGAAUGUGCAAUUCGACCGCCUUCCAACAAUGUGGCAACAAUGCCAAAGGAUGCAACAGCCAACGCAAUUUGAGAUCUUGACCGAAUUGUCUACAGAAUUAACGAACUGACGAACGUUUUGCCUGUUCCACAAGGAGCAUCGAGAAAGUAAAUGCCUCCCGUUCCUUCAUCAACAACUUUCAUCAGUGAAUCGUAUACAUUCUUCUGCUCGGCAUUCAACAGCGGCACAUUUGUUCGGACUCUUUCAGCCAGCUCAUCUCGAUCAUAGUCUUUCUCCCGAUGCAAUUCACUAUUAAAUGCAUCGUGCGUUGAACGAUUUGGCGCUGGCGAUGUUGACAACAGACUGCCGCACAUUUCUUCAAUCAGAACUAAUGAUUCGUUGCGCAUCUCGUCGUUAAUUUCAAGAUCAAAAUUCGAAGUUGUGCGAACUUUGUGCAAAAUGUCGUCAGCCAUCUCCAAUGUUGGCCGCGUCUCCUUUGGUAGUGAUGGCAUCACGCAAGUGGAUGUUCUCGUCUGAUCGUAACUUCGACCGAUUGAAGCGAAUGAAAUUGAGACGCUCCGUUUUGACCUUGACGGACAUGUCGACGCAGUACUGUUGAAAUAACCGGCGAUAUGUCAAUAGAUGAUUGUCAACAUCUUGCCGAAUCAUCAAUCGAUAUGCAUAAAAAUUCAUUGAGCUGAAAUUUUUAUUCGUUUCUUCUCCUGAAAUAUGAAUUCGAUCUUAGUUAUAGUAUGAAAAAGAAAUUAUGACCUGUAAACAAACCUGUCAUUUGAUUGACCAUCUUUAUAUUUAAGUGAUAGCUAUCUUCUCCACGACUGAACAUCAACGGGUAUUGAAGUGCAUCAUAUGACCAAUGAGUCUCGUAUACGCGCUGCAAUUGUCCACCAUCCCGACGUUUGUGAACAAUAUCGCGCGAUGCCACAUUCUCGCCAAUAAUCACCACUGUGACUUCAUUGAUUGUGGGAGCAUUGAAUUUUCUUGCAUGGCUUUCAGAGGGUCUUUUGUCUGCUCUGAUAAUGAUUUUGUGGUCGUCAGAAUGUAUUGUAUCCAAUGCGGUUUUGAACAAUCUGACCAAUUCAUUAUGCUCAUGCAGAAGAUUUUGCAAUUGUCCGAUCAUUUCACUUUAGUCGCAGUAAAAAUUGCACAACGCUGAUCUAGUUCAAUUGCCGAAUUACCAACGAAAUAGAUCUGAAGGAACUUCCAAUCUUCGUUUGGUGGUGGUAACAAAGCACCCGCUCGAUGGUGAAUUUGUCCUUGAAUCUGAAUAUUUAGAUGGUCAUUUGUAAAAAAAAGUUAUUGUUAUUAUUAUAAUUAUAAUGAAAUGCCAUUACCUUAUAACUCGGAUUGUAGCUUGGUUGAUCAACAACUUUGGCUCCAAAUGACGUCAUUUGAAAACAUCCGUUAUAUUUUUGUGUAUUCGCCAGGAAUGUUUUGAUUGGAUUGUAUUUCCAUAGAGAAACAAAUACAAUGUCCCUGGUGAUUGAGCCAAAACGGGCAAUAUCACCUUGCCACCAGCGCAGCAUAAGCCGAGGGUUUACGAUCAAAACUUCAAUGCAUUGCAAUGCUGGCAUACGAUAGACAAUGAACCGAUAUCAACACAGCAAAGAUUUUUGUAGGCGAUUGCGGAAUCGUAUUCGAAAGCAGCGCGAUUCAAGGCUACAUUUGAAUUUCUUCUUCUUCUAUUAACAUGUUGUCGAAUUUGAAGUGGUGUUUGUGCAACGCACAAUUAUUGGUGUAAUAUGAGCACGUUUCAAUUCAUUUGCUUCUGCACGUUCCUCUUGCGUUUGAUUAUAAUGGACAUUCUCACAAAUGAUUGCAUUACGUGUACGUCGUCAAAUGUUUGAUCUUCUAAUAGGAAACAUUAUUCAAGCAAAAAUUUCUCUCCAAAAAUUAACAAAGUUGUUUUUGACGAUUUUUGACGUUUUUAAUCCUAUUCAGAAGAAAUACUCUUAAUAAAAACCUGUAAAAAAGUACCUUAAGGGGAUUCGAACCACCACGGUCAACACACUCUUUAAAUGCCACCUUAACCCAUUUGGCCACCUCUGCUGUUGGAACUAUAUGAGCGUAAUAAAGUUGUUAAGCCCAUAUAGUAAACCCACAUUAAAAUAUUGAUUAUAAUAAUAUUAUUUUUUAAUUUUUUAUUUUUAUGUCAGCAAUAUUAUGCAUGGAUGGAUAAUUUUUAAUUUGUGUUUUUACUAUAACAACAAAAAAUUUAAACAAUAUUGGCAUUUACUUUUUUUAAUAAUGAUUAAUUAAACAUUCAUGUUAUAAGAAAUGCAGGUAUUAAAUAAAUGAUUGAUAAUUAGUACAAUAAAAUAAAAUAUAAAUGUAUUCUUACAGUUUUUUCUUGUAACACCAACUACGGAAAAUGGAAAAUAAAGUCGUAAAAUCGAAUAAUAAUAUUUCAUAUAGAUAAAACUUAAAUUUUAUAUCUACUAUCGACUAUUGCGUUCUAUGUAAGAAGGAGGUAUUUAAGUAUAUAAAUAAAAUCAAACGGAAUAAAAACGAUACAAAAACUUAACUAUAAUAAUAAUAAUAAUAGUAAUAGCUAAUAUUCAAUAAACGACAUAUUCCUCCAUAUUGAUCCAUAGUUUUGCUGUUGACCGGGGGCCCACUUUAAUUAUGUCAUAUGGACAAUUUUAAAGGUUACUGUAGAUUUGUCAAUGCAAAAAAACAUUCUGGAACUCAAAAAAUCAAAAUAAAUUUAAAAAAAAAGGGGUUUUUCCAAAGAAAUUUUUCGUAAACACCUUAUCCUGGCAAUUACGAACAAUUAAAAAAAAAAUUGAACCAUUCUAAAUUGAUGAAUUGUUAUACAUUUUUGGAUCCAUUUUUAUACCUAUAGAUUUUUCUCAUUUUGUAAAUAAUUUUAUAACAAUUGGUAAACUUUAAUUUUUAAUAAUUAUUUUUAUUCAUCAGAAGUUAUUCAUAUUAAUGAAGAGAUUGGUAAUUCAAAAUCGGAGGAAUAUAUACAGUUUAGGAAACAACAAGAGCUGAUCAAUACACUUCGUUAUAAAAAUUCUUAUAAGCCCAGUAAGUUGAUUUACAUAAUUAAUACAAUAAUACUUAGGAUUUAGAUAUGAUAUAAAAAAAAAAAAAAAUGUUGUAUGAAUUGAUUGAGUAAUAUUUAUUUAUUCUUUUAAAUAUGCAUAGAUCAUAUAAUUGUAGAUUAAAAAGGAUUAUUUUCUAUAUUUAUAUUUUUAUGGAUAGUUCAUGGUCUUAGAUUAUUAGUUCUAACAUGUAAUCCCCAUAUGUGAAGGUAUACUUAUUAUAUACUUGUAGAUAAUCCAUGUUAAUCACUGAAUUUCAAUAAUACUACAAAUACAUAGAGUAGACUAUUCACAUACUGCCGUUUAUAUCAAAAAAACAAAUACAUCAAUUUGUUGUAUUAGUUCAUCGAUUCAAUUAAACAAAAUAUUGAAUCGCUUAUCUGUUUUAUAUUAAUGAUAUCUCUCUCUCUCUCUCUCUCUCUCUCUCUAUAGUUUCAAUCCGCAGAUUGGUUUGCAGCCAUCUUCCAUUCUUCUCUAUUAUCCGCUUUCCUUUUCAUUUCUACGUAUGAGUUGCAUCCUUGGUCUUUAAUUAUUUGUUGAAUAUACUCUAGUCUUGGUCUUCCCCUAUGGUUCUUGAGCACCACAUUUCAAACGAUUCUAGCCUUCUACGAUUUUCCUUCAAUAGAUUUUUCAUUAUUUUUAGGCUAAUGUUUCUUGAUGCAAGAAGAGUUUUCUUGCUGUUAAAUGCUAUUUUCGCUUGGCAUAUGCGUUUUAUUAUUUCGCUAUUGUUUCUUCCAUCAUUACUGAUGAUGCUUCCUAGGUAUGCAAAUGCAUCUACUUGUUUUACUGUCUGGUUUCCUCGUAGCUUUAUCUGUAUUCUGGUUACAUUCUCCUUUCCACAAACGAGUACUUUUGUUUUUUGUACAUUUAUUUUCAUACGCAAAUCCUUGAUGAAAAUUUCGUCCAUAGUUUUGACUAGUUGUUGUAAAUCUUCCUCUGUUUCAGCAAUUAUAGCUAUGUCGUCGGCGAUGCGCAGCAUACUUAUUUUAUGACCAUUCAUUAUUAUUUUAGGUAUUAUUAGGUUGGUAUCCUCUUUUAUCUUUUCUAUUACUUCUUGAAUGUAUGCAUUAAAUAUAAUUGGUGAGUGUAAUUGGCGAGUGCAUCCUUGCCUCACUCCUUUGUUUAUUUUCGCUUCUUCUACGUUAUCUUGGAUUUUUAUAACCGCCAGCUCAUCUUUGUAUAAUUUGUACAGCAGUUUCCUGUCUGUGUGUUGGUACGGAAUUCCUCACAUUUCUUUGCUGCUGCCUUCUUUGGGAUGGGGAUAAUUAUGCUUUUUAUGUAAUCCUCUGGCAUUUCACCAGUCGCAUAUAUAUCUCUGAUGAUUUGGAACAGUCUGUUUUUAACUUCCUCUCCUGCCUCCUUCCAAAGCUCCACUUGUAUUCCAUCAAUUCCCGCUGCCUUUUUGUUUUUCAGAUUCUUCAGUGCUUUAUCGAAUUCUUCCCUCAUGACUGGAUCCUUUUCAUAUUCUUCUUCUUCGUUUGAUUCGAUUUCCUUAAGUGUUUCUCCCUCAUACAGUAUUUCUAAAUAUUCUUUCCAUCUUUUGGCAAUAUCUUUUUGUUCCCACAACAUUUUCCCGUUAUUAUCUUCUAUUCCUUCUGAUCUGGGCUUAUACUGACCAAAGAACUUUUUCACCAUUUUAUAUGCUCCUUCCCUUCUUCCUGAAGGGUGUUUCAAUAUCACUACAAUUUUCUUCCAGGUACUUUUCUUUUGCUUCUUUCGAUUUCCUAAUAAUUAAAUUCCUCAAUGCUCUAUAUAUUUUUUGUCCUUCUGUACUGUUCAAAUUUUUAUAUUUUCUUCUUUCCUCUAUCAAGUUCACAAUUUUAGUUGUAAUCCGGUCCUUUCUUGCUGUAUUGUUUUUAUGCCUUAGAGUUUUUGCUGCUGUUUUUGUGAUUGUCUGUUUCAAGCUCUGCCAUCUUUUUUCAAUGUUUUGUGGUUCUAGGGAAUCUUCUAUAUUCAUAUCAUUUGUGCAUUCACUGUAUUGUUUCCUUGAUUUUUCUUCUCUUAGGUUUUUCACUUGCCAUUGUACCAUUUUCUUCUUACACGUUAUUUUUUUGAAUUUAAGAUUACACUUCAUCAUAACAAGGUUGUGAUCGCUAUUUAUAUCCGCACCUGGAUAACUUCUACUUUUUUUUACUUGAUUCCUAAAUCUAUUUUUUACUAUGAUGUAAUCAAUUUGGUACCUAUUAAUGUCUCCAGGCAUUUUCCAGGUAUAUCUCCUUCUCUUAUGAUGGUUAAAACAAGUGUUUGUAAUUAUUAAUUUAUGUUUUGCACAAAAUUCUAGUAACCGGUCCCCUCUAUCGUUACGGUUUCCUAAACCAUAAUCACCUGUUAAAUUUUUUACUUUUUCUUCCCCAACAAUGGCAUUCCAGUCACCCAUUACUAUCAAAUUUUCCUCCCCUUUGACAUUUUCUAUUAAUUUAUCUAAAUUUUCAUAUACUUCUUCUAGCUCUUCCUCGCUACUAUUUGUUGUUGGCAUAUACACCUGAACUACUAUUGUGUCCUUUGGUUUUGUUUGAAAUCUGACUAGAAUGAUUCUUUCAUUGUAUUGUACGUNAACAAUGGCAUUCCAGUCACCCAUUACUAUCAGAUUUUCCUCCCCUUUGACAUUUUCUAUUAAUUUGUCUAAAUUUUCAUAUAUUUCUUCUAGCUCUUCCUCGCUAUGAUUUGUUGUUGGCAUAUACACCUGAACUACUAUUGUGUCCUUUGGUUUCGUCCGAAAUCUGACUAGAAUGAUUCUUUCAUUGUAUUGUACAUAGCCUUUAACUUUUUUACCUAGGACUUUAUUCAUUACCAUCCCUACUCCUCCUAUACCUGGUCUUUUCUCUGCUGUUCCCAUAUGUAUUAUUCUGUAGUUUCCNUCUUCUAGCUCUUCCUCGCUACUAUUUGUUGUUGACAUAUACACCUGAACUACUAUUGUGUCCUUUGGUUUUGUUUGAAAUCUGACUAGAAUGAUUCUUUCAUUGUAUUGUACGUAGCCUUUAACUUUUUUACCUAGGACUUUAUUCAUUACCAUCCCUACUCCUCCUAUACCUAGUCUUUUCUCUGCUGUUCCCGUAUGUAUUAUUCUGUAGUCUCCGCUCCAGAAAUCUCCUGGAUUCGGCUAUCUUAUUUCUGAUAUUCCAAGGAUAUCAAUUUUCAUCUUGUUCAUUUCCAUUUUCAGGUUUUCCAACUUUCCACACUGUAAUAACGUUCUUACGAUCCAAGUUGCUAUGAAUUUGUGUUCUUUAUAUUCUUUAACAUUUCUUUCUCCUCUCGUAGUCCCCACCCGGAGAUCCGAAUAGGGGACUAUUUUACCUCUGGAAUAUUUUACUUGAGAAGCUGUCAUGUUGAUUGCUGUUACUUGGGAUAUUAAUAUGGUGGUUUCCGGUUGCCAUCCAUAUCGCAGUAUCCUCCAUUAUUUUUAAUGAAUGAUGUUCAAGUAUGAAUGGAUUCACACUUGAUUUUAGCAGUGCUGCUUCCCACUACUAUGUCCAUUUUGGUCGCCUCUUACAACGGGCAUGGACUACCAUGGGUGUAUUCUAACCCACCACCCACAGGGGGAUAAUGAUAUAUAAAGGAAAAAAGUGUUAUCGGCUUAGCUCUGAAAAUUAACCCAGAAGCAUUGCUGUUUAAUAUCAUAGUCAUCACCAUAUUUGUUUUACACGAUAAUAAAAAUAAAGCAAUAAUUAAUGCACGCAGAUAAAAAAAAAAAAAGAUAAAAGAAAAAAUAUAUUUUAAAAUAUUAGAAUUGCAUGUUUCUUUAAUUUAAAAACAUGUUUAUUCUUCUUGAAGCAUUGUUAUAUAUUAUUUUCUAAUUUUGUAAAUAAUUUUAAACAAUUGCUAAACUUUAAUUUUUUAUAAUUUUUUGUAUUCACCAGAGGUUAGUCAUAUUAAUGAAGAGUUUGGUAAUUCUAAAUCAGAGGAAUAUAUACAGUUUAGGAAACAACAAGAGCUGAUCAAUACACUUCGUUAUAAAAAUUAUAAUAAGCCCAGUAAGUUGAUUUACAUAAUUAACACAAUAAUACUUAAGAAUUAAAUUUGAUUUAAAUGAAUAAAAUUAGGUUUUUUUUUAAUCAUAAUUUAUAUUGUUUUCAUUCAAAUUAAAAUUUGUAUAUAAAGUUAUUUGAUAUUUUUUGUUUAUUCUUUUAAAUUUGCAUAGAUCAUAUAAGAAAUGAAAGAAUUAUCUUCUAAACUUUAUAUUUUUAUGGAUAGUUCAUGGUCUUAGAUUAUUAUAUCUGACAAGUAAUCCUCAUAUGUGAAGGUCUUAUUAAAUAUUUGUAGAUAAUCCAUGUUAAUUAAAAAUUGCAAUAAUGCUACAAUUACUUAGAAUAAAUUCUUGAUAAACUCUAUUUCAGAUUAUAUAUCGGAAAACGGUGUAAAUAAAAAAAAAAAAAAAUUGAUUAUUAGUAUUAGUUCAUUUAUUAAAGUAAGCAUUUUAAUGAUUCGCUUAUUGGUUUUAUAUUAACAAUAUAUAAUGGAAAUAAGUGUUAUCAGCUUAGCAUUGAAAUGAACCCAGAAGCAUUGCUGUUUAAUACCAUAAGUAUCUCAGAGUCAUCACCAAUUUGUUUUACCCAAUAAUAAAUCUUAAACAUUAAUUAAUGCACGCCAAAAAAAAUAAGACUUUAAAAUAUUAAAAAUGAAUGCAUCCUUAACUUAAAAACAUGUUAAUUCUUCUUGAAACAUUGUUAUACACAAUUUUUCUUAUUUAGUAAAUAAUUUUAAACAAUUGGUAAACUUAAAUUAUUUUAUAAUUUUUUGUCUUCGCCAGAGGUUAGUCAUAUUAAUGAAGAGAUUUCUACUUCUAAAUCUGAAGAAUAUAUUGAGUUUAAGAAUCAACAGGACCUGAUCAAUACACUUCGUUAUAAAAAUUUUAACAAGCCCAGUAAGUUGAUUUACAUAAUUAACACAAUAAUACUUAAGAAUUAGAUUUGAUUUAUUAAAUAAAAUUGGGUUUUUUUUUUUCUAAUCAAAAAUUAAAUUGUUUUCAUUAAAAAUAAAAUUUUUUUAUGAAUUUAUUUUAUAUUUUUUAUUUGUUCUUUAAAAUUUGCAUAGAUCAUAUAAUUGUAGAUUAAAAAGGAUUAUUUUCUAUAUUUAUAUUUUUAUGGAUAGUNUUAGAAUAAAUUCUUGAUAAACUGCCAUUCAUAUCAGAUUAUAUAUCGGAAAACUGUUUUAAUAGAAAAGAUUUGAUUUUUUGUAUUUGUUCAUGGAUUCAAGUAAACAUAAUAAUCAUUCGCUUAUCGGUUUUAUAUUAAUAAUAUAUAAUGGAAAUAAGUUUUAUCGGCUUAGCUCUGAAAAUUAACCCAGAAGCAUUAAUGUUUAAUACCAUAGGUACAUCACAGUCAUCACCAUAUUUGUUUUACCAAUAAUAAAACAUAAACAAUAAUUAAUGCAAGCAAAAAAGAAGAAAAGAUUUUAUAAAAUAUUAGAAUUGCAUGUAUCUUUAACUUAGAAACAAUUUUAAUCUUCUUGAAGCAUUGUUGUACACAAUUUUUCUUAUUUAGUAAAUAAUUUUAAACAAUUGGUAAACUUUAAUUUUUUUUAUAAUUUUUUGUAUUCACCAGAGGUUAGUCAUAUUAAUGAAGUGUUUUCUAAUUCUAAAUCCGAAGAAUAUAUUGAGUUUAAGAAUCAACAGGACCUGAUCAACACACUUCGUUAUAAAAAUUUUAAUAAGCCCAGUAAGUUGAUUUUAAUAAUUAACACAAUAAUACUUAAGAAUUAGAUUUUAUUGAAAUAAAUAUAAUUGGGUUUUUAUUCUUAUCAAAAAUUAAAUUAAUUUCGUUAAAAAAAAAAAAAAAUGUUUGAUAUGAAUUUAUUUGAUAUUUUUAAUUUAUUCUUUUAAAUUUGCAUAGAUUAUAUAUUUGUAGAUUAAAAUGAAUUAUCUUCUAUACUUUAUAUUUUUAUGGAUAGUUCAUGGUCUUAGAUUAUCAGGUCUGAAAAGUAAUUCCAUACGUAAUGUCUUAUUAUACACUUGUAGAUAAUUCAUGUUAAUCAUACAAUUUCAAUAAUGCUACAAAUACUUAGAAUAAAUUCUUAAUAAACUUUAUAUCAGAUUAUAUAUCGGAAAACGGUGUAAAUAAAAAAAAAAUAUUAAUUUUUAGUAUUAGUUCAUUUAUUUAAGAAAACAUUUUAAUGAUUCGCUUAUUGGUUUUAUAUUAACAAUAUAUAAUGGAAAUAAGUGUUAUCGGCUUAGCAUUGAAAUGAACCCAGAAACAUUGCUGUUUAAUACCAUAAGUAUCUCGGAGUCAUUACCAUAUUUGUUUUACCCAAUAAUAAAUCUUAAAAAUUAAUUAAUGCACGCCAAAAAAAAAAUGAGACUUUUAAAUAUUAAAAAUGCAUGCAUCCUUAAUUUAAAAACAUGUUUAUUCUUCUUGAAGCAUUGUUAUACAUGGUUUUUCUCAUUUUGUAAAUAAUUUUAUAACAUCUAGUAAACUUUAGUUUUUAAUAACUAUUUGUAUUCACCAGAGGUUAGUCAUAUUAAUGAAGAGAUUUCUACUUCUAAAUCUGAAGAAUAUAUUGAGUUUAAGAAUCAACAGGACCUGAUCAAUACAAUUCGUUAUAAAAAUUUUAACAAGCCCAGUAAGUUGAUUUACAUAAUUAACACAAUAAUACUNAAGAAUUAGAUUUUAUUGAAAUAAAUAUAAUUGGGUUUUAAUUCUAAUCAAAAAUUAAAUUAUUUUUAUUUACAAAAUAAAUUUUUGAUUUCAAAUUAUUUGAUAUGUUUUACUUAUUCUUUUAAAUUUGCAAAGAUCAUAUAAUUGUAGAUUAAAAAGAAUUAUCCUCUAUAGUUUAUAUAUAUGAAUAGUUCAUGGUCUUAGAAUUCUAUGUCUGACAAGUAAUCCCCAUAUGUUUAGGUCUUAUUAUAUACUUGUAGAUAAUCAAUGUUAAUCAUAAAAUUUCAAUAAUGCUUCAAAUACUUAGAAUAAAUUGUUGAUAAACUGGCAUUUAUAUCAGAUUAUAUAUCGGAAUACUGUUUUAAUAGAAAAGAUUUGAUUUUUUGUAUUUGUUCAUGGGUUUAAGUAAACAUAAUUAUAAUUCGCUUAUCGGUUUUAUAUAACAAAAUAUAAUGGAAAUAAGUGUUAUCGGCUUAGCUCUGACAAUUUACCUAGAAACAUUCCUGGUUAAUACCUUAGGUACAUCACCAUAUUUGUUGUACCAAUAAUUAAUUCACGCAAAAAAGAAAAUACAUUUUAUAAAAUAUUAGAAUUGCAUGCGUCUUUAAUUUAAAAACGUGUUUAUUCUUCUUGAAGCAUUGUUAUAUAUUAUUUUCUAAUUUUNCACACUUCGUUAUAAAAAUUUUAAUAAGCCCAGUAAGUUGAAUUACAUAAUUAACACAAUAAUACUUAAGAAUUAGAUUUGAUUUAGAUAAAAAAAAAAAUGGUUUUUUUUUUUCUAAUCUAAAAUUAAAAUGCUUUUAUUUAAAAUAAAAAUUUUAUAUGAAUUUAUUUGAUAUUUUUUAUUUAUUCUUUUAAAUUUGAAUAGAUCAUAUAAUUGUAUAUUAAAAAUAAUUAUCUUCUAUACUCUAUAUUUUUAUGAAUAGUUCAUGGUCUUAGAUUAUUAUGUCUGACAAGUAAUCCCCAUUUGUUAAUGACUUAUUAUAUACUUGUAGAUAAUCCAUGUUAAUUAUAAAAUUUCAAUAAUGCUACUAAUACUUAGAAUAAAUUCUUGAUAAACUGGCAUUUAUAUCAUAUCAUAUAUCAAAAAACUGUUAUAAAAAAUAAAAAAAAUUGAUUUUUUGUAUUUGCUCAUUUAUUCAAGUAAACAAAUCAAUGAUUCGCUUAUCGGUUUUAUAUAACAAAAUAUAAUGGAAAUAAGUGUUAUCGGCUUAGCUCUGACAAUUAACCCAGAAGCAUUGCUAUUUAAUACCAUAGGUACCUCACAGUCAUCACUGUAAUUGUUUUACCCAAUAAUAAAUCUAAAAAAUUAAUUAAUGCACGCCAAAAAAAAUAAGACUUUAAAAUAUUAAAAAUGCAUGCAUCCUUAACUUAAAAACAUGUUAAUUCUUCUUGAAACAUUGUUAUACACAAUUUUUCUUAUUUAGUAAAUAAUUUUAUAACAAUUGAUUAACCUUAAUGUUAAAUAAUUAUUUAUAUUCACCAGGGCUUAUUCAUAUUAAUGAAGACUUUUCUAAUUCUAAAUCAGAGGAAUAUAUACAGUUUAGGAAACAACAAGAGCUGAUCAAUACACUUCGUUAUAAAAAUUCCAAUAAGCCCAGUAAGUUGAUUUACAUAAUUAACACAAUAAUACUAAUGAAUUAGAUUUGAUUUAUUAAAUAAAAUUGGGUUUUUUUUUUUCUAAUCAAAAAUUAAAUUGUUUUCAUUAAAAAUAAAAUUUUUUUAUGAAUUUAUUUUAUAUUUUUUAUUUGUUCUUUAAAAUUUGCAUAGAUCAUAUAAUUGUAGAUUAAAAAGAAUUAUCUUCUAUACUUUAUAUUUUUAUGGAUAGUUCGUGGUCUUAAAUUAUUAGGUUUGACAAGUAAUCCCCGUAUGUGAAGUCUUAAUGUCAUGUCCCACUUUUAUGUCGUUAUAUAAUCGUCAAGUACUCGAAUAUUCCACAUUACAUAAUAUUAUUAUUUUGAUGACUGAUUCAGUGUAUUUAUGUUAUUUUUGGUUUUUUAAUUUUUGAAUACAUUCUGAAAUAAUGAGUGUACUCACUUAUGAGGAUGACCCGAUAUACAAAAAAAUGACUAAAAAUUAAUGUUGGAAGUAAAUGGUAAAUUCACAGAAAUAUCCAAUAUAAUUAAAAGUAAGUACUAGAAUGGAAAAAAAUCUAGGACAAUAUUUCUGUCAACGUUUUUUUCACCAGUUAAAGGUAAACAAACUCAAAUAUUAUGGUUUUAAAUGAUAAAAUGUGGUAUCUUAAUUCAAUUUUUAGCUAUUCAAAGUAUACCAUCAUAAGAUUUUUAUUGUUAUAGUUCAAAAAUACAUUUUUCCUAUUCAAUCCCAUGUUAAAAUAUGUUUCUUGCAUUGCUUUAUAAAUAUUAUUUAUUAUAUUUUGUGACUUGGUAUACACAUGUUUAUAUUUCUAAUAGAAAUGAAUUAUUUGGAUGAAGAUAUUAUAAUUUCUAAACCAAAAGAACAAUUACAAUUAGUUGAUGAACAAAAUGUUAUUAUUUCAAAAGAUGGUUUAAAUAGUUAUAAUUCAAGUAAGUGCACAUUUACUAGAAAAAUGUUUUAUUAUAUUUAGUUAAAAAUUGAUUUAAUAUUUUAAUCACAUAAUUAAUACAUGAUUGUAUUUAAUUUAUUUAAAAAAUAGCUGAUUUUCUUAGACCACCCUUAUAACUUUGAGUUUUUUCACCGCCAACAUAACUUAACUUCUCACUUUCUCACUAUUCCUUCACCAGAUCACAUCUCUCUUAUUUCACUCCCAGAUAUCUUAGAUCCUCUUUUAGUACAUUAAUUCAUUUUUUUUAGUCUUAGUAUGAGGCUCAUUUUCUGAUUCUUCCAUUUCAGCACUGUUUUAACAGUAUAUUACCCUUUUCAUUACACUUGGUCUAGCUAUUGUAUUCGUUGUUCUUUAAUAAAGAUAUCACUUCAUCAUUGCUCCCAAUACCUAUCAAUUAUUUUAUUAUUGUAUAUUUGUGGCUUUUUCAACUUUUGUUAGUGAACAUACACAUAUUUUGUUAAUCAUUUGUAUUUUAUUUUUAGACCGUGAAGAACACAGUUCUUCAAAUAUAUUGCAUGUAAUUUAUCCACCAGAUGCAUCAUUUUCCAGUAAUAAUUUCAAGAGAGAUGGACAUAAUUUAAAUAGUAAUAUAAUAAUUCGUAAAUUAUAUUUUAGUUUGUGAUAUUUAAAUAUUUAAUAUUAAUUUAACAUUAUUAUUUAAUAAUUAAUUAGGCCAUUUUAAUGAGGAGAUAUUUACUACCAAAUUUAACGAAUUUAUAAAUUUGAGCGAUCAACAAGGUGUUAAUUCAUUAGUUAAUUUAGAUCAUAAUAAGACAUGUAAGUUAGUUACAUAUUUAUCAGUAAAGGGUUUUAUUUGAUUUAAUUUGUAAAUUAAUAAUAUUAAUAUGUUCUUUAUCUGAUUUAGCCUGUGAAACCAUUCAACAGAAGGCUACAUUAGAAAUGGCAAAUGUAAUUACAACGUUAAUGUCAUAUACUAAAAAUAGUAAUGAAGAUGAAACUGUUGAUUCAAAUAAUUUACACGGUACUGUUAAAAAGUUUUUAUUAUAUUUUAUAGAUCUCGGUUAAUUUAUACAUUUUUCUUGUUCUUAUAGAUUUUGAUCAUUUUGUUGAAAUAGUUACAAAUACUAAACUAGAGGAAAAAUUACGGCUAGAACAAAAAAAAUUUAUUAAUUCUAAAGGUGUUUCAAAUGGUAAUAAUUCAAGUAAGUACUAUAUUUAUUAAGCCGCAAAAUAUGUUAUUAUUAUUUUAAUAAUAGUAAUAAAAAUAAAAUGAAAUAAGUAUAAUGCAAAAAUGGUUUAAAAAAUUAUUAUAUAAUUAUUUCAAAGACCAAUAACUAAUAAGUAGUAUUAAUGAAUUAGUCAAUGAGAAAUAUUGUUAAGUAUAGUAGGGUCUAAUCAGUUAUUUGAAAACAGUAUUAAUUCAACAAUUGUAAUACCUUAACAAUUAACAAACAUAAGUGAGUUCAAUAUAGUUAAUGUUGUUAAAGUAUAUAAAAACAUAAUCAAUGGAAAAUAGAUGAAACAUUUUUGAAAAAAUAAUUACACAUUUUGAGUUCAGUUUUAAAACAAUGAUAAAUACAAAUCUGCAAAUAGUAGCCCAAUAAACAAUCAAACAUUAAAAUUUAGAAUAAAAAAUUUAAAUUUUUUAAUUUGAAAAGCUUUAAUAUUUUAUUAUAAAUAACAAUAUUUUAAAUUUAUAUUAUACAGUUAGUAAGUUGUAUAUGUAUACAAAUAAAAAUAUUAAAUUUAUUAUUUAUAUACAAAUUUCUACUACCAAUGCAUUACUUAAAUAAGUACUAAAAUUAAAAUAUUAAUGAACAUUAACCCCCUUAAUGUUUUAUAAUAAUUAUUUAUUAUUAAUUAUGCUUGGACUGUUUGGAAAGUAAGUUUUGAUUAGUCACUAUGUGAAAAGUAGUGGGGGUAGCGCUAACAUCUAUGCAUAGACAAGUGUGAUAGGUCAUUCAACAUCUAUCCGUGGUAGAGUUUUGUUUUAGUGGUAUCUGGAAAUGUGUACUACAAUAGGAAACCCCUCCAAAUGCAAAAUGUGAGCUGUGUUGUAAAAUUUUUUACAAAUUGUAAAAACAAUAUUCGAAAUAAAUUGGACACUUUGUGUCCUGUAUGGAUCAAGUGGGAUAAAACCAAAUUCGUAUCUGUUACACCUUGCAGUGCAAUUUACAAUUGGAUAUUAUCAUUUUAUUAAAUAUCGAUGCUACUUACUGUUGAAAUUUUGAUAAUUGAUCAAAAUAUCAAAAGACAAAAUAGCCAAACUAAAAUAUCUAAUAGUUAAAAUAUACAACCUAAAAAUUACCUAGAAACCUAGAAAAAUAAAUUCAAUCUAGAUAGUUACGCUGUAUUACUAAUAAUAAAAUAAAUUACUUCAAUAGCAAUAAUAUCACAAAAUUUAUUUCACAAACAUUAAUCGAUGUGGUUAUAUAAUAUAAAAUAAAAUACAAGUUAAAAUGUAAAGUAAAAAUAUUACUAUGGUGUAAAUUAGUAGACUAUUCCAAUCAGGCUAAUGAAAAGUGAGCAUUGACUACAACGAUUCCAGUGGCUAUUUUUAAUAAGUUAUUAUCACAACCAUUUGGGGUGAUUUUUAAAAUUUGUCACGCUAAAUUAUUAUUUACAUAAACUGUUUAUUUAUUGAAUACGGCAUGCUGCGUUUCCCGACAAUAAAGAACAAUACUACAAAUUUAAGAACCACUGGUCAAUAUUUGAACUCUGUCCAUUAUCCGCUACUAUAGCCUAUAGGUACACUAUUUUCUUGUAUAUCGUUUUCAGUUCAGACAAACCGAUAUUUAGAAGCUAGAUUUUUGACGUACACCCUAUUGGUGGACAAAUUCAUAUUAUAUCUUUUAUUUACUUGGUAAAAAGUAUGUCCAGCUGACAAAUACAACUUAAUAGGUUUAAACUAAUUGUUCAAACUAUAUAUUUAAAAGUAUCAAACUCUACAUGGUUAGAUGUGUUAGAAUACAUGAGCUAAAGAGUACAAUAUUGAUGAAAAUAAUAUGGCCCUUUUUUUCUUAAUAUUGUAUCUGAGUGCAUUUGUCAAUAAAAAUUUUAUCAAAUUUGAUUUAAAAGUAGUAAUAUCCAAACUCAUUUCAAAAAUUUCUGAUGUUAAAAUAACUUGAUAUAGGAUCUCCCCUUAACAUUUUGUUUUAGUAUGCAUACAGUGGUAAGACUAUCUUAGAGAGAAUUAAAUUUUACGGACUUUUUUUAGUUUUUUUUUAGAUUAUUCAAGAAAUAAGUAGCUUUAAAAUGGUGUGGUACUGUUAUUUUGUGUUUCCUUUAUUUCUGACACCACAUACUUUUGAUUUUAAAAUAGUAACCUAUAUUAAAAAUUCCGUAAUUAGAUGGAGUAUUAGUUCAAUUUGUAAUUUCUGCCAACCUGUAUUAAAAACAUCAACCUUUAUUGGAACCUGCUUUUUUUUUUUUAUAUUAAACAGUUUCAGUAUUCCCACCUUUCAGAUUCUUCUAUUAUUCCCAAUUUAGGGCCUUCCAAACUCCACUCAACUAUUUUUCUUAAAAGCCUUUACCAUAAAAUUGCAUUUGAUAACUUAAUAUAUGAUACAUAUCUUUGAUACCCUCCAUCUCUGAUUAUAAUCAGUAUUCCGAUAAUAUUUGGAUUUUAUUAAUAGAUAUGGCUUCACUGAACAAUUUAUAGUUUGUGAACUUGAUUAUAGAAUACAAUUUUUAUUUACUUUUAGAAAUUUAAAAUCAUAACAUCUUCGAUAUAAAUUAAUAUUUCUUAUCAAAAAUUGCUAUAUGUAGACUGUCCGAUAAAUAAAAUACAAAGUUAUUUUUAGUGUUAGCAAUGAACAAUAUCAGUCGGAAAUUUCUAGAAGUGAUAAUAUAUUUAACAAACGACAUAUUCUAUGCAUCAUGACUAUUAUAGUUUAGUGUUCCAUCAGCUACGUAAUUAUAAACAUGGAAAAUCAAUAUUUAAGUUGUACAAAAGAAGAAGUUCGCACAGUCUUUUGAUUUUUUCAAAAUGUUUCUCCAACUGAAAUUUAUAGAAAAUUAACCGAAGUUUAUGGUCCGCACGUUAUGUCUCGAAAAAGUGUAUCGGUUUGGUGUACAAAAUUUAAUUCUGGUCGAGAAAGUGUUGAAGAUGAGGCAAGAAGUGGUCGACCAAUAAACACAUUCACCGCUGAAAUCAUUGAGGCGGUCGAAAAAUUGCUACGAUCCUAUAGACUACUGAAAAUUAGGGAAAUGGCUAUACAACUUGAUCUUCCAAAGACCACUUUACCACUUCAAAGACACUGUACAUGAAAUUAUUCAUGGAAUUUCAAAUUUUCUUAGGGUUUGUGCGUGUUGGGUUCCGAAAAUGCUUACAUCAGACCACAAUUCAAACUCCAUGCGAAUAUCCCUUGAGCAUUUGAAUCGGGCUCGUAAUGAUUGAAGCUUCCUCGAGUACCUCAUUACAAAAGAUGAGAUAUGGGUUCAUUAUUCUACUCCUUACAACAAACGAGACUCGAUGACCUGGAAGCAUCCUGAAUCUUGAGUUCUGAAAAAAAUUCAAACGAACAAUUUCCCCGAAAAAAAUUAUGGUCAGUGUGUUUUGGGAUGCAUAGGGAAUUUUACUGAUUGAACUUUUAUCAAUAAAUGCUACCAAUUUAUUGAAACGUUAGAAAAAUUGAAAGGAAAAAUUUGUUUCAAGAGAUGAGGGCAAUUAUGCUCAAGAAAUGUGAAACUGUUGCAAGACAAUAUAACCUUUUAUUCAGUGGGAAAAACCAAAGCUUGGCUGGAAAAAUACUAGUGGAAAGUAUUGCAACAUCCACCAUAUAGUCCUGAUCUGGCACUUUCAGAUAUUUUUUAUUUGGUCCGUUAAAAAAACACUUAGGAGGAACUCAUUUCCUCAUUUUUAAAUGAGAAGGAGGUUAUGAACGCAGUUACCGAGUACUUUGAUGAAAAAUGUGCUGCAUAUUAUAAAUGGCAAUUUCAAUUUACUGCAUCAUUGGGAAAAAUGCAUCAAUUUGAAUGGUGAUUAUGUAGAAAAAUACUAAAAAUCUUAUUUAUCGUAUACAAAUUUUAAAGUAAUAAAUUUAUUUUUCAUUAUUCAGUAUAGUUUUGUACCUUAUUUAUCUGACAGCCUACGUAUAAUGCCAUUAAAAUUUUCACACCCUGAUAACAUUUUUGGUAGUAAUAGUUUAAAAUCAUAUUAUAAAUAAAUUAAUGAUAUCGUAUUACUUUAUAUUAAUUUAAAAUUAUUAUUUACACAGUAAAAAAUAACUUUCUUGAUGAACUAAUAACAAUCACUAAACUAAAGGAACAAUUAAAAUUAACUAAUCAAAAGAAAUUGUUGAAGAUUAUGAAUUAUUCAAAUCUUAGAAGGUUGUGUAAGUGAAAAACAUAUAUCUUUAUUUUUUAUUAAUUAAUUGAAAUUACUACUGGCUUAAAAUGCAUUAUUCUUAAUCUACGCAACAAUGGAAUAAGUAUCCCAUUGUUAUUUUCUUUUAAUGAAGACAUAAUAAUUGUGUGGUGUUUUUAUUAAUGUUUUUAAUUUCGUUUUUAGGUUGUUAAUUAAUUCAAAUUUCGUCAUUUAUUAAAAUAUAUCAGGAAUGCUGUGUCUGUGGAAUUUUAGUAAUUCAUUUAACAGACUCCAUAAAUGCAUUUAUUAAUAAUAAAAUAAGUUCUUUAAAUGGUAACAAAUUAUUAAGUAUUUUUGAUGAGAAUAUUACCAUUUACAUAAAUUUUAUUGUUAAAAUCUAAAUUAAGACAAGUCUUAGAAAAAAUGAAAUUUUAGUGCCCAAAUUCUUAUUUUGUAUUUUAUGGGCCAGUAGCAUAUUUAAAAGGACUAAUAGGGAUACAGCCCACCUCAAAAUUUCAGGAAAUUUUAAAUUGUUUUAAAUUUAAAUUUAAAUCUAAUAAACUACAAUAUAUGACUGAUCAAUCGUCCUCUUCCCUAACAACAAUUCCUGGAUAUGACACUGGUCUGGACACAUCUAGUUAUGACCAAUAUUAGUAAAUCAGUACCUCCUAUAAAUAUUAAUAUAAAAUAAAAAUAAAAUGAUAAUACAACAAAUAUAACUUUACUGACAUAAAAUUAGAGUUAGUAUUUAUGGAAAUUUUAUUUGUAUACAUAAACUAUUAAAACUAAAAAAAAAAUUUUAUUAUAGUAAUAAUUAUAUAUAAUAUAUAGGUUACAUUGAGUGUUCUAAAUGCCAUGACUUAAGUAUCAUAUCAUUAUUACAUCUAUUUUAUUUGGGAACCUAUUUACUAAAAUAUGUUAAUAUAAAAUAAAGUAAAACAUGGUUUUAGAGACUAGUGAAUAAAUAAUAAUUCAUUAUGUUUAUUUGAUAAGUACAUUAGUUUAUUAUUAAGUAUUUAUACAAGUAAUUAAACCAUGGUAUUUUGAAAUGCACAAACCAUUCUUUUAUUUGACUUACAUUUAGUUUUGCAUGGAAAAUAGAAAACAAUUUUCUCCUUAUGUUUGUAAAUUGUUAAUACAUAAAUUACAAAUUAUGCAUUUAUUAUUAUUUAAAUUUUAAAACAACACUGGUUCUUAAUUAGCAUUUUGUGAUAUUUACUUUAAUAUCAGAAUUUAUAAACAGUAAAUGUUUUUUUUUAAUGAAUGUGGGUCACAAUUUGAUAGGGCCAGGCAAAAACUAAAAUAAGGAAUUUCGUCCAAGUACCGUGGGCCUUUACUUUUUUGCCUAGGCAUAUCUUAGGUUAGCCUAAAUUUGGCUUUUGUAAAUAUCGGUUAUUAUUUAAGUUAUAAUAUUUAUAUAAUUAGUAGCUGAUUACUGAUUAAUUUAUUGAAAUGAAAGUAAUAUUAACAGUACUAUUAAAAAUAUAAUAAUUUGAUUAAUGUAUACUUAUUGUUAUUUCCUAUAGGAUACUACGAAGCAGGAUCAAAAUUAAAUGAUUCUGUGGAAAUAGAGAAUAAUAUUGAUCCUCAAGUUAGUGACAAAUCAGGUAAUUUUCAUACAAAUUUUAUAAUAAUGGAUUUACAUUUUAAUUUGUAUUUUUAACAUUUAUUUACAUUGUUUCUACUAGUAUAAUUCUCAAAUAGAGAAUCUCAUGAUCUUACAACAAAUUAUUUUUCAUACUACUUAACUAACUAUUCAAAACCAGCUGUCAUGAACAACUUUGCCAUUGACAGUAUUUUACAAAAAAAUAUUUCCUCAUAACUUAAGGUUUCCACCCAUAUUCCAAUCUCAGCUAACUGUAAUUUCUCAGUAAUUAAUUCUUUUAAAAUGAAGAUGAAAUAAACUAAUAAUGUACCAAAAACCCAUUUAGUUGUAUAUCACACUCAGAAAAAUAUACUCCUUCUGUUUUUAAUUUCAAGUUUUAUAGUAAGCUUUUUUCUGAAAUUAAAAUUGUUUAGAAAAACAAAAAAACUGAUGUUCUGUUAAAUUUUUGGCUCAAGUAUAUUUUUUUUUUUUUUUCAAAACAUCCUAUAUUGUGUGUAAAUACGAGCGCUUUUCAAAUUUUUUAUCCAAUGACAUUUGUUGUUUUAGUAUUAAAAUGCGUUCUAGGACAGUUUGGUGUUAAAUGUAUUUUUUACUAUUUUAUUCACUGUCACUCUUACUGUUGGCUGUUAUUUUAACCUAAUAAAAUAUAAACAAUAUUUACAGACUGCAAGAUACAAAAUAUAGACAAUUACAUUAUUAUAAUUUGAAAUGAUACAUAUUAUAAUUUUCAAAUUUAAAAUAAUAAUAACAUGAAGACUAGAAUAAAAGGAUCAAACUCGUACAACCACCUGUAAAUACACACAUAUGCACAUGUAUGAAUGCGUAAUUUUACAAGCUAUACAAUUUAUAAUUGGCCAUAGUUUGAAAUAAUGUAUAUAUUUUUUAAAACAUACAAAAAUUAUGAAUAAUCGCUAUACUACACAGGUUAAAGUCACAACCCUAGUGUACGCUGCAUAGCUUAUGACCAUUUAAUUGUGCGACUCAUUUCGAGAUAUUAUCAGAAAUGGAGUUUGGUGUCUUUAUUCUAGUCUUCGUGGAUAAUAAUAUAAUAACACCACAUAUUACGGAUUUUUUUUUAAAUUAUAAAACCAGAUUGUGUACUUGUGAAUAUUUACUAAUAACCACGACUAUAGAUAUUAUGGUUGCGCAGCGAUCUUCGAAAAAGUAGCCUCUAAUGUUCUUAUCAAUAAUGACAAAAACCUACCCAUUACCAGCGCUCAACGCAGUUGUGUUAAUAGUAUGAUAAUAAUAAUAAUGAAUACUGACUAAAUAAUGGCUAUUGAUGCAUUUUUAACAAGCUGCGCGCUGUAUCACCACAUAAAUGAUAUUCUAUUACUCUCCUCCAACCAAAACUUAAAAAUAAAAUAUCUUAUCAACAGAUUGAUGGAAAUCAAAAUUUUAACAUUAAAAUUUAUUUUUAACUAAUACUUUAUUUAUGGAAAUUAUAAUAUAGGUCGCUAUUAGUAAAUCAAAAGUAGGUAAUGGUUUUACCCCCAAAAAUAAGGGUGACAAAAAAUAACAUAAAUAUAAAAUUGUAGGUUUGCUUGUUUUUUAAAUGUUCUAGAAAACAAAUUACGAAAAAAGUUAAUACUUUUCUUAUACCUACAUAAUAUACAAAUUACUUCCCCCUUACUUUAUUUAGAAGAUCUGUAGAAGUGUUUAAGAGGAAGAAAUCACUCAUUCUCGUAACAAAAUUCUUACAAUAAUCCAAUUUUUAUUAUUUUUAUUACUUUUAUUUGCUUAUGAAACAAUGUGUCUAUAAAAUUCCUAGUAAUAAUUCAACAAUAAAACCUGUAAAAAUAAUACCUAUUUGCUAACAAAUUUUAAUUUUUCAUUUAUACAGUACAUUUGUGUGAUAUUUAUUUUUACAAUUUUUAGAUUGUGAAAUAAUUUUCAUGUCUAAUUCAAAAGAAAAUGAUACAUCUAAAAAUGAAAAUUUGCUAAGAAUUCCUAAUUCUGUGUCAGAAAUUGAAAAUAAUAUAGAAGAUAAUGAAAAAAAUACUGUAUCUGGUAAUUUAUUUCUGUAUUUAAUUUAAUUUUAACUUUGAUUUUGGAUAAGCCCGGUUUUUAAUGUAGUUAAUAGAAGAUCAAGGAAUAUGAUUAGUUAAGGACAAACCAAGUAAAGUGAGAUUAUAUUUGAAAAUAGUUAAUGGUGACUAUUGGAAUAAGGUGACAUUGUAUGAAGGCCUAUAUUAAGGAUAUUGGGUUGUUUUCAAAACCAUAAAAAAGUAUUAGGUGUGAAUGAAAAGAGAUGAAGAUGUUUUAUGAGUUGAUUUUAUGUAAAAAGAAAUUGAAUAAAACAAACAUUGUUUAAAAUUAAAAAGAAUGGGUGGAAUAUAUUUAUAUAGGUAGUACACAUAUUUUUUACAUUUAUUUUAUUGUUGUUGUAUUGAUAUUAUUAAUAUCUAAUUUAUAUUAAUCAAAAUAUUAUUAUUAUUAUUAUACCUAUAGGCCCUGUAGAAAAAACCAAAAGAAGAACAAAAUUAAAUGUUUCUAUAAAACUAGAAAAUAUAUUGGGCGUUAAACCUUAUUUUAUUUCUGGAGACAGUUUGAUCAAACGACAGAAUCUUGGCAAGUUUGAUGUUUAUCUUAAUAUUAUUUUAUUAAAUUUGAAUACAAUUAUUUUUUAAAAACACAAAUUUGCAUGUAGGUUUUGUCUAUAACUAUAUAAAAUAUAAAUUUCUAUUUUAAUGUAUAAUAACAUUCAAUUUUAAAUUCAUUGCGGGUUGUUAGUUUUAUUUAAAUUAUACUAUUCUUAAAUGGUUCUUAUUUUCUUCGCAUACUUACAUUGUUACACAUUUUUGUGAUUAGUUUUGACGUUAUCAGUUGAUAGUUGAAUUUAUUUAUUUUACAAAAUUUCUUUUAUUUCAUAUAUUUCAGUUAAAUUAUUAUAACUCAAAUUAUUAUUUUUUAUUUUAGAAAAGAAUCAAUAUUUGAAACUGAAAUCAUGUUUUUCCACAAUUGAGUCUUUAAAUGCUAAGAAAACCAACAACAAUAGUGCAGCUACUACUAAGGGUAAAACUUAUUAAAUAAUUUGAUGUUAAAUGCAUGUUGAUACGCUUAUUUACAGACUAAUAAAAAAAAAAAAAAAAAAAUGUUAUACAUAUCUAGUAAUUGUCUACAUUUUAUUUGAUAAAAAGUUUAAAUUAAUGUUUAUUAUUAGUUAUUAAGAAAAUAAAAUUAAUAUAUAAAUUAUUGAAAUCAAAAAAACUUUCCUAAAUGAUGUAGUAAAAGUAUUUUUUUCUUUGUAGCCAAGGUAACCUAGAAAUCAACAAAUAUACAGUCAAAGUAUCAACAUUUGUUGUCGCUUUUGAAGUUUUAUAUUAUUUUGCAUUGUGCUUUUUUAUUAAACUUAAAAUGAUUUUUCAAAAAACAAAACGCCGCAUAAGGAGUGAACUGUUUAUAAUUUCCAAAACUGUUUUAAGUUAAGUAACACCGGUCAGAAAUUCUGCAUUUUUUAAUAUACUGCAUGAAAAAUCGGAUCAUUAAACACAUUAGUGUUCAAAGUGUUCAAAAAAAUAAAAACAAAGUGUAAUUUUUUUAGAAAUUGUUAGAAUUUCAAAUACAGUAUCUGUUCCAUCUGCAUGUCGAAACUUAUAUGGUAUCAAUAAUUUCAUUUAGUUUAAUACAUAUCAGGUAUUUAUUAGUUUAAAGAACGAAGUGUAUGCAACCACUUACUGUAGGAAAAUGAAAAUACUACAUAAAAUGUUGGGCAUUCAUAUUAUCAGUUCUACCUUACACGUAUAUUGCUAAUACAGAAUACAUACCAAGUAUCAUAAAAUACAUGAUAAUAAACCAACUACUUUGACAAUCAAGCUAUUUUUAAUGUUUGAUCUAGAACUUAGGUGAUGUUUUACAUCCUGAAAUACUGUUGCAUUUAUAUACUCCAUUCCAAAUAAGAACGCGCCGGGUGGCAGACGAUAAUCAGUCAAAUUUCGCGCAGCCGACCAACGGCGACCAAUUGCAAAGCUAAUAAACAAAGGGUAUGACGUCGCUCCGCAAUACAUUUGGAUGCGCCGAGCGAUGUGUUCUUAUAUGGAACGGAGUAUACGUAUAUGGACCAUUACUUAAUUCCUUUUUUCUACUUCAAAAAUGAUGCGUUCUAAUUCUAAACAAUUACUGUUAUUUUCUUGAUGUAUAAAUGAUAUAUAUAUAUAUAUUCACAUUGUCAACUACUAUAUGAUGAGUCUAUUUAUUAGUGUUCAUAUUUAUUUUAAACAAGACACUAUCAUCUAUUACUAUAUCUUUCGGAUUUUUAGAAUCCUUAUCAUAAAUUAAUUUUUGUUUCAGUUGCUUCAUGGAUAGAUUAUGUUUCACAUAAGUUGUAUCUAAUUUGAUGAGCUCUAAUUACUUUUUAAAUAAUAUAUCAGACAUCUCAACAUUAAUAACUUUACGUUCGAAAACACAACUCGAGUAAACUCUGAUGUCGUUUGAGAUAUCAGAGUAAACUCUGGUGUCGUUCGAGAUAUCAGAGUAAACUCUGGUGUCGUUCGAGAUAUCAGAGUUAACUCUACACUGCCGUUCGGGAACGCAGAGUCAUUAACUUCGAGAUUUAUCCUGGGGAUAUUUCUGUAGAUUAAUAUGGAAGGCUUAAUACUUUAUUUUUCGUUUAUAUUUACAUAUACACACAAAUCUUUUGGCUUGACCCUUUUUGGAAAAUGUGGAUUGGUUGUAAUUUAAGAUAUAUUCCAUUCUUUGAAAAAGUAUCUAAAUUUAAAACUGAUAAACACGUAAUUUUCUGAUAUUAUUUUAUCUAGAAAUUCAUGAACUGAAAAUAUCUAUCAGCUUAUUACUUAUCUCAUUUAUAGACUUAUCUUAGACUUUCUUCAAUUGUAACAAUUUUGAAAAUUAAUAAAUUUAUAACCACCAAAUACAACCUUGAAUUGAAUUCUAGAAUGUGCAUCUCUACUUUCUGCGAUGAUCUAUCUGGUAUUUUGUCACACUAUUGAAAAUUUACAAUUUUUAUUUUUAUAAGUGUCGUACAUUUCAUAAUUUUUUAUUUUCUGUUCAAUUAUUUGUUUUUAUAUUAAUCCAAUAUACUUUUUCUUUCCCUAGCUCAAGAUUUCUAUUUAAUGAUACCCAUCAAAUUGUUGUAUUUAAAGGUGUUUUUACUCUAAAACCAAAAUUAAUAAAGUGUUCUAUGCAGAGUAUGUAAGGUAGAUUUUGCUAUACUGCCCGUUGAAUUAAGAUAUCACAUGCGGUUACAGUGUUCUCUUAAUGAUAAAACUAAUAAUUUAGUGAAACUCGGAAUCUAAAUUACUACCAUAAUUAAAUAUUAUACAAUUUAAAAUAAUGAUAUAUAUUAAAUUAAAAUAAUAACAAUAAUAUUAGUUUUAAUUUUAAUGCUAUUGCUACUGCUCGAUCAUCUUGAAGGCUUUUAUACCUUUUCGAAUUUCCCAUUAGAUUGCCAUUUGAAAAUUAAAAAUUGAUAACCGUUUCAAUCCUAAAUAUAAGGGCAAAAAAAUAAGUAUAAUGCUUUUGAGUACAUAAUUUAAAAAAGUUUCAUAAGUAGUUUUUUGAAAAAUAAAUAUUUUAUGGUAAAUUUGACUGUAACAUUACAUUUGGAAGGUUACCUAUACAGUAAUCCUUAAUUGUAUCAUGAUCUAAAUUUUCACCUUGGUAUUUUCAUAGUUUUUAUUUUUUGUAUUUCAUGCACAAUCAUAGAUUUAUUAUGGACUAGGAUCGCCAAUUAAAAAAAAAAAUACUGCUUUCCAUUAUUAUUUGGCUAUUGUAUUGUAUGCACUCUACUAAAGUUUGCGAUCUGUCAGCGGUUAUGGGAUGCUUGUCGUAAACGAUCUACUACGCGAUUACAAUAGUAUUUACAAUUUAUUGACUUAUCACCCUCCUUGCCUACAUACUCUAUUACUUAUAUUAGACAAAUGAGAUGGAUUGUACUUCCCCUGCUGGCCUAGGACUGACUUGCUUGCCGGAUGCAUUCAGUGGUGGGUGUCUCUGCCCGCGUAAUUGGUCCUUUCGUUGCUGAUUAAUAAUUUUGUUGCACUAAGUACUUGAGUUUUGAAACUUGGUAAAAAGUUUCCUCUUGAGGCACUGGAAAACCAGAAAAAAAGAAGCCAAGAGUGUUUGUCAUCUCGGAUUUUAAGUGACCUUUUACGAUUUUUAAUAGUAUCUUCAAUAAUGUUAAUUCGACGGAAAAAAAAAUAGUUUGUCUAUAAAUUAAAGUGUGUCAAAUUUUCACUAAUAAGAUUUAUAUUCAGUACUAACGUCAGUGUAAUUUAUAGUUGACAAAAUCUAUACACCAGUGGUACAAUGUGGUAUCGCAUGCAAUUAUAACUAGCGAGUAGGUGACAAACGCACCAAAAACGUAAAUUUAAUUUUUAUUAUUGUUAUAUUAAAUACACGUUCUGAAGUAACGUGUAUUAUUUAAAAACUUUUUAUACGACAAUGUGGAUGUCUUUAAUAAACUUUGUCACCUACAACUAAAUCGUAUAAACUAAAAUAAUCUAUAAUCUAUUUUCUUAUCUGUGCCCCACUCAAUUAGUAGUUCCUUAGCUAUGGAACAUGGGGGCACUAUGGGCACGUGCUGGUGUCCCUUAAAUUGUUACAAACAAAUAAGAUUUAAAGAAGUAGUUAAAUAACAAUAUAUUGAUUAUACGUCAAUAAAUGGGGGGGCAGUGUUUAACCCCCCCCCCCAUUCCUUUUUUCACAUGUUUUAGCCUAAUAAUUUGAUUCAUAUUAUUGUAUACUUUGUUAAUUUUACUGUAAAAAUUGUGGUAUAUUUUGUCAUACUGUUAGAAAACGCAUAAAAACCACGGACUAAAAAAAGAUAGACUAGAAUGUGUAGGCGGGGUGGUGAUGCUGAUCACCAAAUGUUUCCUGUUCAAAAUUACAAGGUAUUGAGCACUAUCUAUAUACUAUAGUCUGUUUCAGGAGAGAACGGGCCGCUUGUGCGCAUGUUUACCCCUCCACAUAACUUGAUUUCAGCGAAGGCAGCCGAUUGUCAUUUCUUUCCUCGUCGGUUUUUAACUAUACACCGCUAGGAUAUUUUGUAGAAAUUCAAUUGUUAUUAUUAUCAGACAUCGCGCAUCGCACGUUUUUUUACCUUUGCUGUUUUAUAACCUGUUGAUGAUUUUUCAAAUCGUAAACAAUCGUAUAUANAUAAGCACCUUCUAUAAUAAUCCAGACUUUGUUUUUUUUGUAUACAUAUUUAUUUAUUUAAUAUUUUAUUGAACACUGUAGGUAUGUAACAGAGAUAUAUAUUUAAUAAAUAAUAAAUAAUUAUAUUAAAACAUUUCAUUUUUUUUUUCGUUAAAAUUACAAUUUAUCAUUUUUGUCAUAUUUACAUAAUUUUUUUAAAAUAAUUAAAAAAACUGAGAAAAAAGUAAAAAUUACCAAACGGUACAAAAAAAUAAACGCUAUAAAAAUGAAGUGUGCGUACACCACGGCAAUUGGCGAUAAACAGUGGACUAUCGACAGUUAACAGUGCAUUAUUUGAAACGCAGUGUACAACACCUGCACCACUUCUGCGGUCGCUGUUGCAGCGCUGUCGAUAGAUCCGGGAGGGGAUAAAUGGAUAAUGUUGCGGCGUGGGGAUGCGCUGUGGUGAUUCGGUUUGGUCGGAGAGCGGCCCAUUCUCUCUAUAAACCAGAUAUGAUAUUUAUUUUUUUAUACUAUGUAUAAANAUCGACAGUUAACAGUGCAUUAUUUGAAACGCAGUGUACAACACCUGCACCACUUCUGCGGUCGCCGUUGCAGCGCUGUCGUUAGAUCCGGGAGGGGUCUAUAAAUGGAUAGUGUUGGGGUGUGGGGAUGCGCUGUGGCGAUUUGGUUUGGUCGCAGAGCGGCCCGUUCUCUCUAUAGACCAGAUAUAGGUAUCCCAAAGCGAGUAAUGACACGCGUCAAUUCAAGAUUUUCAAUGUAGUGAAGAGUACAUUGGUUUUACAAAGAUGUUAACAUUUUUUUUUUUUUACUAUGAACAAUUUCUACCAGAAAUAUUGCCCUUAUAUGUACGUGUAGCACUAUUUCUGAAAAAAAAAAAAGCAUUGUUUAUUAUUGCAAUAGAGCAGAAGCUGCUUUAAUUAAUUUGAAAUCAAGAGGUACAUUGACUCAUCCAAAUCAUUUUAUGUUUGACUUUCUAUCUUCUUUGGAAAAAUCAUUCUCUAAAUAUUAUGGUAAUUCUAAUGCUUUUUUACUGGCAGUUAAAAAUUUCAUUAAUACUAAUAACAAUGUUUUACAUUUUCCAUGUAAAGAUCACAAGACUAAAAUUCUUACAUAUAUUAUAACUUAUUAUAUUACUGUAUGAAUAUGACAGUAUUCUCUUGUUUCUGACAAGGAUCAAAAUAAAGUUAACGCAAGAAAAAUAAAUUUACUUUGAAUCUUCAUGUGUUAGUCUAUGGUUAAAAUAAAAACAACAGGAUAAGUGAAAUUUCUGUGUACAAUUUUUUUAAAAACAAGAAUUAUUGUUAAAAUUAUUUAUUCAUAGAUGGCGUUGAUUGUCUUGUACCGAUCGUAGGGGAACAUUUCGUUAAGACAUUCGUUACCAGUCCAUUCUUUCUUAGUUCGUAAUAAUAGCAGAUAUAGUAAAUUAUAAUUUAUCCUCAUUAUGAACACGUUAUUGUUAGUAAAUUAGUUGAACAAAACACUUCUAAAACUUUGUCCAAAGAUCACGAAUUAAGAUAUACAGGAUAUCGAAUGAACGUGUGAUAAGCGCGAACCUUCUCACUUCUGCUAAGCCACUAACACCAUCUAGUGUACUCUUUACAAACUAUGUCAAUAUUAUAGAAUAGAUAUGCAAUUUAUUUAAUAAGAGUAUUAACUCUUCCUGUCCAAACUUUAAACUGGUUUAUUUGAUUAUUUUUACCAAUUUUGUCUUUAAGCGUUUGCUAUCAUACCAAAUAGUGAGAAGUGUGUGGUCUCAGAAAAUCGAUAAGAUCUUUCCGUUCGGUAUUCUGUAUAUCUUCAUUCGUACCAGAGAUCAAAUAUGCUUUUGGCGGGUUACACCAAGACACGAGGUUUAAUGAUAAAGUAAUAAAGAAACGUUUAUUUACGACAUAACAACAUUAGUGGUAAAAAUCAAUUAUACAUGAUGGUUCGGAGUCGGAAAACAAUGUUUCGCGAGCGGCGCUGGUGCGAAGAGAGCGAGCGGGACGAUCGAGCGGAGCUGUGGUCGAUGACUAUUGAACGCCGACGGCGAGGGGAGUGUCCGACGUCCGCCGCGAGUGAUGCGCAGCGGGAAGCAGAAAUGUGGCGCGAAACCCGCCACAUGCUAUUAUAAUUAUUAUUAUCAUUUAUCACGGGUUUCAGCAAACCGUGAGUGUGGUUUGGACCACAAUUUGUGGUUGUGGUUUAUGACUAUUCUAACAAGUAAUGAGUGAUUACAAUAUUUGAUACAUUCGUGUGUUUAUAUUAAUAAAUGUGACUAUUUUCUGGGAAAUAGUACAGCCUGAAGACGUUUUGAAUCAAUUAGCAGUGAAAAGAAAAAUACAUCUAUUGUAAAUUAACAGUAAAAUAUUAUAAGACUUUCAUAUUUUAGUAUAUAUCAAUUGAUUAUUGUUUUUUUUUUCUAUAUACACUACUGAACCUGGUUCUUGAAUGUCUCAAUAAGAAUAUACCUAAGCUUUGAGCAAAAAGCAUUUUUUUGAAGAUGUACAAUUAACUUAUAAAGUGAUAAAUAAUAUAAGGGCCUUUAGGACUAUCGAGCUUUGGGCUCGAUAAACUCUUAAUUUGGUCUUGAAUUUAUCAGUUUUCAUUUAUUGGAUAACAACGGAAAUUGAUACCUACCUACUACUUGCCGAAGUACGACCAGCAAUGGAGAUACUCGAAGCCGGCAGCCGGGAGAACAAUAGUUCGUUCAACGAGAGAAUAGUACUGCGCGGCGGACAAAAAUUAGUCGUUUCUCCCUACUAAAGCACAAAACCGCUACAGGCCACCAAUUGAUCUCUAGGAUACAGUGUCAUGUUUCAAUGUAGUCAUUACGAUCCAUAAUGUUGUGUUCGACAUUUUGCAUAGCACUAUAUUAUAUUUUUGUAUUAUUGUCAUUGAUAUAAUACGUAUAAAAACAUCCGUAAUAAAUUUGGUUUAAAGCAUAUUAUAAUAGCCGAUGCGUACAGCAGCUUAUAUGAUUCUUUGAUUCAUUAUGUGUAUUAAAUAGUUUUAGUUGUAGAGUGUAUUUUUAGUAGAGCGCCCGUAAUUUCUGUGAAUCGUAUGGGCGAGCGAUACUAUUUUCUUGUUGAACGAGCUAUAGUUCAACUAAUUUCAUAAUUGAAAUUGAAGGGAAAUAAUAGUGGCACUUCGGCUCAACGGCACACAUUUUUAAAAUCUUUUUGGUUCAUUAAGCUGUCCCGGUCCUGAAUGUGUUACAAUUUAUAACUUACAAGUUAUAAAUAGAGAUAUUUUCAUACAGAUGUAUACAAAGAUACAAUAACAUAUAUGAUUAUAUAAAUUAUAUGCAAACUGGGAGAUGAGUUGGAUUAACUCCCCCUUUGCAACAUUUGUAACGGGCUGCACUCAUUCCAGUUAUCUUAGGACAGCUUUUUUUUUUUUUUUAUAUGAUUUGUUGCAGUUUAUUGUUACAUAAUAUCAGUUGUUUUUAAGUCAAAAUGUUGACACUGUAGUACUAGGUAAUGCACCUAUGUUUUUUAUUAUUAUUUUUACUUUGGGACAAAAAACAAAGUAGUCUAAAGUGAGUUGUAUAGCUGAAACAAUGGAUAGUUUAUUUGAUUUAAUUUAAACUAGUGAAGAAUGUAAAUUUUUGAUUACUCAGCUUAUCGAAGAAUUCAAUGGAUAUAAACCUGACCCCUAGAGACAUUGAGACUAUUUGAAAAUUAUAGUAAUGACAUUUUAAUAUCUGAAAGGAAUAAUAGAGGUUCUAUUCUUAGUUUCAUGUAAUUAAGUGAGAAACUUUUAUAUGCAAACUGGUAUGUAAAUAGAAAUAUGUGUGUUCAGAAAAAAUGAUUAAGAAUUGUUUGAACAGAUUCAAGGAAAAACUUCCCAUUGACUGGAAUAUUGGGGCAUUAUAUAAUAUGGUUAAUUAACAAAUAUAAUACAAUUUAUUAAUUGGUGGUUUUGCCAUCAUUAUGGCUUAUACAUACUAAAUCUAUUAAUAAAAUACAGGUGAAUUGAACCAAUACAGGUGGAGGUCUCUAUUGUGUCAAAUUUCAAACACUCUUUCAACUUCGCACAUUACAUCAUUUACUUCUUACCAGAAGAUUUGUAAAUAUUGCGAUAGUGUCAGUGGUGCCUAAGUACUAAAAAUGUAAUCUGGUAAAAUACUUGUCAAGAAACCCAACUGUUUAGUUAUGUUUAGUUAAACAUAGCACAUUUUAUAUCCAAAAUUAUAGUUAGUAUAAAGUAUUCGUUCAGUUUUACAACCAAAGUUUGCCCCAAAAUGAAGCAGCUCUAUUCUUUAUAUUUAAAAACAGAAUCUGGCCAAGGCCCGACCUAAUCAUAGAGUUUGACACUAUUGGAUGGAGUGGUAAAUACACAGUAGACCGCAAUUAAACAGUAUAGCGCAUAUGAUAAAAUAACCUAUUAUUUUAAAUAAUAUAAUAUUCAUUUUGGAAAUUUCAUAGUUUUAAAUUUAAAUUUAUUUUUAGUUUUAAUUUGUUAUAGUGUAGUUGGUUUACAAUUCAUAUUAUAAAUAUAAUGAACAUAAUCAUUUAGUUACCAACAUAAUAGAGUACAAUAUUUACAUUGCUUACAUUGUGCAAAUAUACAAAUAAAUUGAGACUUGAAAAAUAAGUUUAGAAUUUGUACUUUAGAUUUUUUAUCCAAUCAUAAUUCUUAUUAAAGCAAAAGUUAAUUUCAAAUUAACAAAUUCGUUAACUCCAAUAAAUGUAAUAAUGGAUAAAACAAAAUGAUAAUGAAAAUACUUAUUAAUUAUUAUGAUUAACAUUACUGAUGAUUACAACUUUUGUCUCAUAGUUAUUUUUAUCAGUAAAAUUUAUAUUUUUAUUUCUUAUGCCCCUUAGCUUUAUUUCGCAAUAUUUUUUACCUAAUAAUUUAAAUUGUUAAUAUCAUAAUUUAAUAUUUGAAGGCAUAAAAAUAUAAUUUUGUAGUUAUAAUAAUUAUUUUUAUUUUACUUAUUGUAUAUUUAAUAAAGAAGCCAAUAAUUUAUUUUAGAUAAACCAUUGAAUUAUAAUUAUACUUCAAGCGAAAGUGAUUAUUCAGAAUUAGAGUAUUCAUCAACACCCAAAUAUUUGACAGUUAUGGAGAGCAAAUUAAAUACUUUUAAAAACGAAGUUAAUAAAAGUAGGAUUUCUCUGUUCAAAUUGUUUCAUUUUCAUAUAUAUUUAUGUAUAAAUUAAUAUUAUUAUAAAUGUUUAUUCAGGAUAUGGUGUCAACAAAUUGAUAGCUCCUACAAAACCUAAGGAAAACAACCCAAAACAAAAUCUUGACAAAAAAAAUACUGUAGUUAAUAAUCCAUUAUGUAAGUUUAGAGAUAAUUCAAGUGGUUAGAUAUGUGUUUUUUUUAUUUUUUUUAUUAUUCGUCUUAAAUUAAUUAAUCACUUUAAAGUGUAUUCCAAUUUUAUUUUAGUUUUAAUUGUGGAUAUUAACUUUCCGAUACCUAAAUUAAUACAUUUAACAAAUUUAACGUUGUAUAGGUAUUUGUAAUCUGUUAAUUGAUCAUUUAUAAACAUUUAUAAUAAUAGUAAAUGUACUAUUAUUAUAUAUUGCUGAAUAAAUUAAAUUGAUGAUUAAUUUUAUUUUAGAUUAUUCAACCAAUUGUGAUGCCACUAUAAAUAAAAAUAAACGAUCUAAAUUAUCAAAUACACCAGUCUCGAGAAAUGUGUUAAAUAAAAAGAAGAAAAUCAAUACUGACGAUGAAUUUAUUGAAAGUAAGGGUUAAUUAUUUAAGUAUAUGGAUAUUAUACAUUUUGGAUUUAUAUUUUAUUUAUAAUAUAUAUGUAUAUAUAUAUAUAGAUUUAUGUCUAGAAGAUGAUAUUGAUAAGAAAUCUGGUUCACGUAAAAAAUCUUGGGUAAAAGAAUUGGAAGAAAAGGAUAUUUAUCUUAACAAAGGUAAAACUGUUGUUGCUGAAAAUAGAUUAUGUAAGUUAACUUUUGAAUAAUUUGGUAUAUUUAGUAAUAGACUGAUUUUAUUUUUAGUAAUAUUCAUUACAACCAACUAAUAAUUGGUUGAUAUUACUGAUUAAUUAGAUAAUUUAAAAUUUGUACAAUCAACUAAUUUAAAACCAUUAAACGUUAACUUAUUAUUCAUUAGUCGUUUGUCAUUUAAUCAUCGAUUAAAAAUAGUCAUUAAUCGUUAGUUGAAUAUAUUUAUCUCGUAAGUUGAUUAAAUUAGUUAUACAGCACUACAUUCUAAGUUAUUACAUUAUUAGUUAUGUUACAAUUCAUUAAAUUGUAAAUUAGUUUUUAGUUUUAAAUUCUAUGAUAUACUGUUUUAUUUCCAUGAUGAUUCACAUACAUACAACAUUAAUUUUUCAAUUAUAAUUCCAUAAUUAGUAAUAUAGUUAUUAUAAUCUUUGUAUUUGUGUUUAAGGUCUUCCAUUAAAUAACAAUUCUACUUUAAACAAAAGAGCUCGAUCUACAUUGGAAAAUUCAUCAGCACCCAUAAAUGUAAUAACUAGUAAGAAUAGAUUGAAUGGACAUAUGGAGACAUACAGAGAUGAUGUUGAAAGUAAAUUUUAUUUUAUUAAUAGUAGCAUAAAUUCUUUUAUAAUUAAUAAUAAUUGUUACACAUGUCUUUAGGAGAAACUAAAAAAUUAAGACCAACACCACCAAAAAAACCUAAAAGAAGAAUUAAUACAGCUGGUGACCAUAUGCGUGAGUUAAUUUUCAAUAUAUUUUAUUCUAAUUAAGAAUUUUAGAUUUGAUCAGUUUUCUUAGGUAUAGGUCAUUUUUUCAUUAAAUGUGAAAUGCUAUUGCUGAAUCAUGCCAUCUAAAUAUGUUCUGAUAACCAAAUAUUUUUUUUUUUAUUAUUUUGUACUUUAUUUUGGAUAUGUAUGAUUAGUAUUACCUAAGGUGGAAAGGUGUCUUAUUUAUGAUGUUAUAAUGUUGUAAUUUGUUGUUCACAACAAAACAAUAAGAGAGAGGAGGGAGUUCAGGGGUUUUGUAUUAAUUGAAUACCUUGAUAAUUCAAUUAAUGUAUCUAUAAUUUUUAUUUUAGAUCAUUCGAGUAAUGGAAGUUCAAAUGCAAAAAAAAGUAAUCAUUCUGGCUUGUUAAGUUUAUCAGAAUCCACAAAGUUGUCAAUGAAUAGUAAACAAACAAUUGAGCAAGUAGCUGAAGGUAUAACAACACAUUUAUUCUAAAAUGUUUAAAUACAAUCAUUUAAAUUGUAUUAAUAUAUUUGCACAAGUAUUUUAAUUACAAUAUACAAGAGUUUUUUUUUUUAUUUAACAAUAUAAUAAAUUAAAAAUUUGUAUACAAUAAAUAUAGGGUCUGGUACAGGAGUAGACCUUAAAUAUAUUGUUAAUUAUAAUUUCCAACAAUUUUUAUUUAUAUUCAAAAAUAUAUUAUGGCAUGUUAUCUAAGAAGAACAUUGUAAAAUGAUAUGUCUGAGGUGAUGGCCAUCUUCACUGAUACAAUUUUGAAAUCUCUCUCUGAAGUUAGUGUUCACUUGGUUUAGAAAAUUUAAAUUGAUAUCUUUGACUUUUUUUUAUGAAUGAGUCUUAAAAUCUUCCAGAGGCCAUGAAAAUGUUUUUAUAUUAGAUGUUUGUGCAAAUUUUAAGUAAACUUAUUAGUCGGUAGUACAAGAUGAAAACCGACUAAUAGUCAGUAGCAAUACAUAGUUGUUUCUGCCUAUCACUAGUUAUUACAUACUAAUAAAUAUUAAAUGUAAAAUCAAGUCUAUUCUCGUGCUGGGCCCUGCAUAAAGAAAAACAUUGUGUAGGAAUAUUAUAAUUGGAUGUGUUUUUAUUUGGUACAGCCUUUUUCAGUUUUUGUUGUACCUAUUAAUGGUUUUUAAAUCAAAACUGGCCAUAAAUAUACACAACCAAUUAUAAUAAUUCCGGACAAGUGUUUUCUUCUUAUUAUUUAUUUACAUAUUUUACAUACUUUAUUAUAUUUAUUAUUAUAUUUUUUAUUUUAUUGUUAUAUUUUUGAGUAUUAACCAUUUAAAUAUUUAUUGUUUUUUUUUUUUUUUAAUAACUCAACCUGUUAUUAUCUUAUUGUAACAUAGUAACCUGUACUGUUAUUAAUUCGACUUCAUCCGUUUAUGUAAAUAAAAUAAAAUCACUUAUCACUUUAAGUAUGAUAAUUGAUGUGAUAUCUUAUCAAUAAAUACAUAAAUUUCUUACCAUACUUUUAGUGUUCAUAUAAUAUUAUAAUGCACAUUUUUUUGAAAUUAUUAUAUUAUUAUAUUAUAUUAUAAUAUUAAUUGACAUACUUCUUUUACUAAGCUCCUUAAAAAUUAUAUUCUGAAACAGACUCAUGGUUUGUCUGUUUGUUUCCUUUUUAAUUAUUCGCUUUUUUCUAUCGUAUAUCCUUUUAUACCUAUUCUUUCGUCAUUUUUUGAUGAAGGUAUUUUGUUGUGUGUUUAAAAAACCAGUUCAAUAACCUUUGUUCUUAUGGGUAUUGAAUAAGGUUAAUGUGAUCUUCGUGGAAAUUAGAAAAGCUUUUGAUAUAACUAAUUAUUAUAUCUUAAUAACAGAACUUAGAUUAUUUGAUCUUUGUAAUCAAUCUACUUGUGGUUCAAAUAUCUUACCUCACUGUUAGAAAGCAAUUUGAACCAAUUAUUGAAACUACCUUCAUUUUAUCUGAUGUACUGUCUGAUGUUUUUUUCAGAGGGCAUCUUAGUUUACCCAUCUUCAUUUUAUUUGUCAAUCCAAAUGAGUUACCAAGACAUGGUUCUUACAAUUUGCUAAUGAUGUACAAAUCUUCCUGAAAAUAGCUAGCUAGAUAUAUUUUAUUCAUGGGUUCAGUACCUGGGGUUAUCAAUAAAUUUAGACAAAUGUGGCAUGAUUUUUACCAGGUGUUAUUAUUUUUUUCCAUUUUUCAGUCAAACAACUACAAUGGCUACCCUAUUCAGCGUGUGUCUCUCUUUAAAGAUUUUGGGAUUUUUUAUUCUCCAUCAUUUAGCUUACAUCAGUUUACUUCGGCCUCAACUCUCUAUAUUCUAUUUUGGGCUUAUCCGUUUCUUUCCAAAACACAGUGUAGUCACUUGGCAAAAGACCAAAUUCAAAUCGAUCAUAUGCAAAACAAAUAUCUUUCCUAUCCCAUAUCUUGAAAAUUGAUCACACUCAUCAUGACUAAUUUUCUACUCUGGAGAGAGUAAGCCUAUCGUUCCACAAUUUAUUGUUGUUUCUUUGCGUCUAUCUCCUUGACAUCACUAUAAACAUAUCUACUCUUCUAUCAUGUAUUUUUUUCCAAAUACCUACCAACUUUACAAAGGACUUUGCGCUUUUUCUCAUCCCGCCUAAUUCUACCUCUUACAGACAAAAUCAUUCUCUUCACUGUAUACUGCACUAUGCUGAUUCUAGUAACUUCCUUAUUUAAUGCCGGUUCAUUUUUUGGUUACAAAACCAUGUAAUGCUGUGUGGUUUAUUUUUUAUUUUUAUGAUUAAUAACCUAUAAUAGUUCAUUAUGCACUACAAUGUAAUAUGUAUUAAUUGUGUUUAUCAUAAUUGUAUGUACAUAUACCUACCUAGUGAUAUUUUUAAAUAGUAUGUGAAAAAGCUGAUUAGCUUUAAUAUUAUAAAUAAAUAACACAAUAAUUUAAUUUUUAUCUAUAUGCGUGUCCUCCUGACAUAAGAUUCAAUUAAAUAAAAUGUGAAUAUUAACAAAGAUAUUGGUAUAGCCCAGUGGGACACCCUAUGUUUAUGAUUUAUAUUUCGAGAAUAAUGUAAUUUUUAAUCUGAUAUUUAUUUUUAAAUUUCAGUUUCUAAAGCUAUCAAUGAUUAUGCAUUAAAUAAAUUAAAGGCAUCAACAAGUCAUUUUCCGGAAUCACCUCCUGAGUCACCACCUGAAUCACCAUUAACAGUUAUUGAAGAAUCUGAAAAUGACAAGGAUGCACAAACAACAGAUGGUUAAUUUAUAAAUAUGAUAUUUUAAUAAAAAUUAUUUUUCUUACGUCCAUACACUAUUAAUUUCAUAUGUGAACUUAAAGAUGAUGAUGAUUAUGUCAAAACCAGAAGAGUUACGAGGAAAGAACCUGAAAAGAAGGAACAAGAUGAUCAACUUGAUGAUGCAGACCGUUCAAUUUUCGAAAUGUACGCGUAUGAAAAACCAAGUAAGUUACUUAAUAGUUUAUUUACAUAAUAUACUUAUAUAUAUUUUUGUAUAAUAAAAAAAAAAAAUGUAUUGCCUGUGCCAGUAAACUCCCUUACUAAAAGGAUCUGUUAAAUACCAGUUAAAUACCAAUUAAUAUGUGGGGUUAUCCUUAUCAAUCUAUCGUAAGAUACUCAUUAUUUCUGAAAGUAUUAAUUAAGUUAAAAAAACGAUACGUGCCGUGUCGCCUGACAAAUGAUACACCAUUACUCUCUCUCGACCCAAACUUUAAAGUGGAAUAUAUCGUGACGGAAAUCAAACAUUUUAAUACCAACAAUUAUCUUAACUAAUAAGUACUCCAUCUAUUUAUGGAAUUUUUAAAAUAGUUAGCCAAUUGAAUACUAAAAGUAGGUAGUAGUUUUACUACUGAAAAUAACACAAAAGUAAAAUUAUUAUGCUGCUUGUUUCUUAAAUGUUUUAUGAAACGAAUUUCGUAAAAAAUAAGUACUUUCUGAAUGAUCACUCUGUAUAAUAUGUACAUUGUAGAGACCAAUUUUUGGAAUAUACAUCAUUCAAUUUAAUAUCCAAUUUGCGUUGCUGUAGAAUGAAAGAAAUAAAGAAAACAUUUUGUCAAUGGAAAUCGUUUUUUUUUUAUUGUAAAGCAAGUGAAUGGACUACAUUCAGAUGGUUGCACUUUAUUGAUAUUAUCAUAGUGAACGCAAGGUGUAUUAGAAAUUGAAGUUCUUUGAACUCGAACGCUAUAUCUGAUGGAAUUAGUGGCAUUCGUGGAAGUAAACUUUUCAAAAGUCAUGAUAUCAUCAUUACAACAAAAAUAGGAUUCCUGAAAUGCUAUAUGUUCUCUAUUCUGUUGUAUGAGGCCGAAUCCUGGACACUAAAUGAAGAAAUGUGUACAAAACUAGAGACUUUUGAAAUGAGAAUCUAUAGGAAAAUGCUUCGCAUGUCAUGGACACAACAUAUAACCAACUAGGAAGUACUCCGAAAGAUGAAUAAAAAGAAGGUCCUCCUUAAUGCUACAAAGAUUCGCAAAUUAUAAUUAUAUUAGUAAUUAUAUUAAAGUUACAUUAUGAGAAAUCAAGCAAAAUUUGGUUUACUACAGUCCAUUAUUCAAGGAAGAAUAAAUGGAAGAAGAGGUCCAGGACAUACACCAACAUUAUGGAUGUAAAAUCUUAGUAAGGGUAUGGUACAAUAAAAUGUCGAUCGAACUCUUUAGGACAGCCACAGACAAAGAAGUGAUUGCUAUGCUGGUCACUAAUAUCCGAAACAUAUAAGCACUUUCAGAAUAAGAAGUGGAAGUAAUACGACUUCACCUUUAUGAGGUCCAAUCAGUAUUGUGGCAUAAAUUAGAUUAUUUAUUCAUUUUUUAAACUUAAUAAUCGUGUAUCAUUGCAUAACUUGGUUGACUAAUGUUUUUGAGUAAUUUUCGAAUUUAGAAUCUGUGACAAUUAUCCGGAAACAUUGAGUGCAUUAAGAAAUUCCAUUGGGAAUUCCACUACUUCAAUUUUGUCCACGGAGUUAAUAGAUUUGUUUCUAAUCAUAAAAAUCACUGUUUUCACCUGCGAUACGUUUAAAAAUGAUAUUCAUAUAUAUGUCGAUAUUUUUAGCCACUAGAGUUCUGUUCAACCAUGCGUGAUUUUAAUAAUUUAUUUCGAUGCUUUGGAAUACCUUGCUUACUAAUUAUUGUUUUGAAUUUAUGAUGUUGCAAAAAUCAGAUGGGAAGGUGAUUUUUACUACUAAUGUAUUUAUAGGUACAGUUCCAUCACCAACUUCUAUUACCUAAUUGUCUUGAAAAUCCGUCAGUUGUUGGAUUAUUUUAAAGUCAAACUCUAAUAUUCGUUGGUAAAUGCACUUUAUUGCUCCAAAAAAUUAAAUAUUUCUAGUAGGUAUGCAAUUUAUCAGCUGGUGUUGAGCAAGGUAUCACUGGAAGUGUUUGCCUAAAGUCUCUGGAUUGUAACACUGAUGCUCCACGAAAUGGAACCUGAAUAUUUCACAAGUCUUUCAAUUUAUGAUUUAACAUUCAUCCCACACAAUGAUUUUGUACACCCUAAGAAAUUUUCCCAUUACUAAUGUUAAAUGUUGGGUUUUCUGUAAAUUACAUGUUAGUGACAGUUUUAGAGCAGAAUGCUCUGUUCUACAACUUCCAUAAAUGUGGCAGUAAUACUUGAAGAAGCAAGCUCUGAUGCAUAUGUCCAUUAGAACGAAUUUUAGCCAGGAUCAAGGAAAUUAAGAACGUUUUUCCAGUUUCACAUGGAACAUCUAAAAAGUAGAAUCCACCGAAUUAGUUGUCCACAACUUGUAUGGUGGUAUUAAAUGCUAUCUUUUGUUCUUGAAGAAGUUUCGGUAUAUUUUCUUCUUAGACACACAGCUGUAAGUCCUUUCUGUUGUAUGAUCUCGGAGCUAUUAUCUCUUUAAUAUUGUUUUGAUAGACCUAUCUGGUGCUGAAACUCCCAAUCAUUAAAAUCAUAUGUAUGCAAUGUAUUGGUUUACAAAGAUGUUUAUUUUUUUUUUCUGUGGAUCAAAUUUUCUGUUAGAACAGUAUAAGUUUUAUUUAAUAAUUGUAUGUAUAUUUAUUUUAUUUAAUAAAGUUAUUUUAUUUAGUGACACAUAAAAAUUAUUGCAAAAUUAAAAAGAAUUGUAAAUUUUUAGUUAAAUUGAAUUAAUUUCUAUGUGAUGCAUGUAGUAUAUAUCCUAUUCUAAUGAAGUUUAUUUACUAUCUUCAAGGUGAAUUAAUAAAUAUAUAUAAAUGUUUUUUUUUAUUUGUUUAGUUUCUAGAGCAGCCAAGGUGAAAGCAAAUGAAGCUAUUGCGCAAAUGAGCAAAUCUGUGUGCAAAGACAAAAAAUUGGAUCCAACAGUUAAACGAAUAAAAUGUACAAAAAAGAAAGAUGAUGUAAGUUUACUGUAAUAACUUUAAAACUUUAAAUAUAUUUAUUAUUUAUUGUACGCAUACAAAUCUGAUUCUUGGUAAAAUAGUUUGUAAACAAAAUCUUUCAAGUCCAGCUGUAAAUAGAUUUUAGAAAAGUAAGGGGUCCUUUGUAACAAGUUCACGUUUGAGCAUAACUUACAAUAUUGGUUUGCUAGUUGUCACCUGUUAAUAUAAUUAUUUACAAUGUCCCCUCCUAUUAUCUUACCCUGAAUCCCCCAACCCUUCUAUGAGGUGUAUACAAAUUGAUAGGUAAAUACAUUAUUAAUGUAGAUAAAAUGUAAAUAUGCUCUCAGCAGUUAGAAAUAGUAAUAAAUAUUUUAAACUAUUCUUAAAAAUACAAAAUUAUUUUUUCUUGAAACUAGAUGUCUUCUAUUCUUUCUUUAAAUUACAUAUCUACAUAGGCACACAGGAUUCAGUUUUUACAUUCGUAAAAAAAAUUGUCCACUGUUUACUUAAUAUUGUUGAGGAUCCAUUAUCCAGAAUUAAUCCUGUAGAGUCAUUUUCCAUACUUAUUUUAACAACUCUUUUCAAUUUUUAUUCUAAAUUCAGUCCAUGUUUUUAUAUUUUAUUUAGCUGUAAAAUUAUACUUUUUGUUUCUUUUCAAAGAUUAAAAAUCAUUGUGCACUACAAAAUUAAAUAUAUCAGAAUUUUUCUUCUAUAGGGUUUUUAAUGAUACUUUUUUGUAGUGUAAUAUACCACAGUACCUGUAGAGCCCUGAACAAUACUUUGUUAUUGUAAUAUUUUAAAUUAUAUGUGUUGAAGUUAUAGUCUUAACUCUAGUUUCAGGGUCAUACCUCCCUUAUCAAUUUUAUAACCCAAAAGAGUUACACUAUCUUUAAACAACUUACAUUUACUUUUUCUAAUAGUGAACCUAACUAAACUUCACUUGUUCAAUACUUUUUUACUCUAUUACAAACUUCUUUUUCUGAUUUUCUGGAUAUUAUUAUUUCAUCGUAAAAAGCUACUGUAGCAUCAAAAUUCUUUAAUACAUUUUCCAUCUCACACAGUACUAUACCUGGCACAGUUGUAUUCCAUACAGUAUAUACAAAAAAUCUUUUAUGGACAUACAGUGUAAUUAACUUUUUCAAUACUUCAUCUAAUAAUAGUUACUGAUAUAAGCAUGACAUAAGUCUCAAAUGCAAAAUUUAGAUGUGUCUUGCAAUAAAGUCAUUAAGCCACUUACUUUUGGAAUAUAAUAUUUAUCAAUUUUAAAAACUUAUUUAAAGCAACUUUGUAAACAACACCCUAUUCAAUUGUUCCUUUACUUUUAACUGCUGGAACUACAGGUGUAGCCCAUUUUUGACUGAAAUUAACAAUUUAUCAUUAACUAGUAACCUAACCUAACCUCACUUUGUUUUUUUGAAGUAAAAGGUAGAACCAUUAUGUUUUUAGGACUUUCUAGGUGAUUUUUUAGGUCAUAAAUGCAUGCAUAUUUAAUGUUUUUUUUUUAUUGUACCUAGUCUUAGUUAUAAAUAAUAGUCUAUAAUGUAAUAGACUAUGAUCUAUUUUACCAUAGAAAAAAUAAAAGACGACAAAUAUAUAGUAUAAUAGUUUACAUUUACACAAUAUUUUGUAUAAUGUAUAUUUUUAAUAGAAAGUAGUACAUUUUUCCAACACAAUUUCAAAUGCAUUGUUAGCAAAUUUGAUCGUGACAGUAGUAGCUCAGCACCUACUGAUAAGUUUUAAAUGGAUUUAAUUAAGUUAAUAAAAUUAUUAAAGUUAAAAUUGUUUAGUAAAAAAAACUUUAGGAUCACCGGGAUAUUGGAAUUUUUCUGGUGAGUUACAUAUGGUGGCUAAUAAAAGAGGUUGUAAUUAUUAGAAAGCGCUUAAAUGUGAAUGAACUGGUUUUUAUUCAAAUUAUAUGUGUAGUUAAGUUUUUGUUAGCAGAAAUUAAUGCCCUGCGCAAUAUGAACACAUGUCGGUAAGUACACUAUAUGUGUGUUUUACAACUUUCGAUUAUUACUACCGCUAUCACGCCAGACGCACCAGUGAAUCGAUGUGUUAUCGACUUAUCACAAAAUUAUAUAUGUAUAUAUACAGGUACAUAAGGAACCAAACAACAUAUUUGGUAGGCAUAUCUAGACACGACUGGUCUAAUAAUUAAAAUAUUACAAAAUUUAUGAAUUUUUCAAUAGAUUGGUAAAUUUAUAUUUACUCUAGUUAUGUUAAGACCAGAAUUUAGACUAAUAAAAUUCGUAAUUUAAUAAUAUAAAUAAUUAAGUUACUUAAGGUCAUAUAUUUACUAGGUUGGGUUUAGUGGUAACUCACGUAAACAAAGAAUUGUAUACUUUUAAGUUCUGCAUAAAAUAUUGCUAAUAUAAGGAUCUAUAAAGUGAUAAACUUCUAAGUAUUUACCCAAACCCCGAGGACUGGGACGCAUUGUCGGUCUGAAAGGAUCAAAGAAAUAGGCUAAUAUAAAAUCUAUUGUGAGAGAAAUCAAAUUUCUUAGAUAACCGAUUAAAAUACUCCAUUUAUUAUCUCAGAUGUUUUUGUCCUCGAAAUAAAAUUCCACUACCUGGAACACGUUUUUUUAUGCUAAAUGUUUCAUCUAGAUGGGUAAGUCUAUGGGUACAGUUCUCCCAAUUUUGAUAACGAGAUAUCAUCAAAAUCCAAUUUUAGAAGAUCGGUUACGCCCACCUUAGAAACAUAAAUUUCUUACGCAUGAAUAAAAUUCUACCUGGCGUAGUUAUGCAUAGCAAAUCAGGGUUUAUUUUCGAUUAAUUUCCUCCAUUCACUUUUUUUGCAUCGCUCUGGGAUCAAAGCCUAGACAUAUUGAAGUAUUAAUUUUGUAUUUAAAUAUGGAUAGAGAAAAUAAGCUUUUGGGCUGUUAUCAUUAAUCCCUAUUAUCUGGGAUUUUGUUGGUUAGUUUCAUGACCUUUUUUUUUAUUAUUAUCGUUAUUAUUAGUUGUUAUCAAAUAUUGGAAUCAUUACCUGAUACAGUUAUAUUAUUACAAUAUAUUGUACUCGUAUACAUAUAAUGUAUAUGUAUUAAUUGUUUGUAAAAAAAAGAAAAAAUUUAGUAGUUUUAAUAUUUUAUUUAUGUGAUAUGCCCAAUUGAACCAUUGGGUGACUCAGUUGUUACUUUUUAUUCACGUUGCACUGACAAGUUGAUAAUUAGUUCGUUAACUUGCGUCUGUUUGAUAACCAAAGUGUGAGGCGAAGUGAAAAUAUUUAGAGUGCAAAUAAAAGUGUACGCAAUUAUAAUGUUUUGAUUUGAAAACAGAGCCGAUGGUGAUAAUUUAUAUUAUAAACUACGAUAUAAAAGAAACGCUAUUGUAUUACUGAUGCAUGAAACACUGAAGCGAAGAAGUUUUCCCGGAGCAUAGAAAAUAAUAAUAAAUAAUCCAAAGAAUCAAAAAUAAAUAAUUCUAUUGGAAAACAAAACAAAUGUGAUAUCGUUUUUGUAAGAUUACCAAACAAUGAGUUGUACAACCGUGCGCUAGGAAAGAAGUACUGUGCUCAUACGCAUGAAGUCACGAUGUUGCAUUAAUAUAAUUAGAGACGAUACGUGAUGAAUGGAAAUAUGAAAAACACGUCAGAGGUCGGCAUACACACAAAUGGUUACAGCGGUGGAAUAAAAGUUGAUUUUAGACGUGGCAAUAAGAGGUACAUGGUAUACAGAAUGAUAAUUUUAUCAUAAACCAUCAAUUUUCUUGGAGAAUUUUAAGUGAAUUGUAUUAUUAUUUUUUAUGGGAACGUUUAAACUUUAUUUCAUACCCCUACUCCUUAUACUAGAUAUAGGGAGUAAGAGUACACAUUUAAAACAGUAUUAAAAUAAUGCUUGAACGAUUCCAUAAUGAUUAUAAUAAUGGAAACCAAAUUCAUUUCAAAUCCUCCGAUAAAAUUGCUGGUUCAUGAUAAAAUUAUCACUUUGUAUAUCAGACGACACACAACGAGCGCUAAUAUAUAUAGUGAGCGGCGGAUGAGACGCAACGAUAAUUAAUAUUGGCAGAUAUCGACAAUGGUUGAGCACACACGAAAAGUUACGUUAUUGAACGUUUCAUUGCGAUCACAAAUUUAUUGGGCGAUCAAACAAGAAAACAGCAGUUUCGCAUGCAUUCGAACAAAAAUAUGGUAAAACCAACGAUCACAGACUUACUUACAGUGACGUUUCACGUGUCCCAAAAAAAGUGGACAACGACGAGAACGAGAAUGCACACGGAGAGAAGAAAAUAUGCCAAGCGAGCAAACUAGCAGUGGUAUAAGAAUACCUAGACGCUACAGAGUGUUUACUAUACAUCGCGUUCUUAUUGGUCCAUUUUAAAAUUCGGCGCUUUUUUUAUUUUGUUUAUUUUUCGUUAUCAUAACUGCUAUCGUAAGUUAUUAAAUUAUUAAUUUGUUAUGAGCCAAGUAGACUCAGAACGAGUUUGUAAGGAUUUGAAUUUUAAACUUAUGAAAAUAAACAACAAUUGUUCUAAACUCAGUUUAUUAAUUACACAGAUAUGACACAUACAUAGGUACUUGUCUCAUACUCGGUUAAGACUGGUUGACUAAUGUCCUUCGCGUUCCCUUUAUAUACCUCAAGAACCUUUAAUUUAGGCAGUUACUAUUCUAAGUACACAUCUGUGCUGCUUUUCCUUAUUACACUAUAUAAUAUUAAUCAAUUACUUACAACACAAAAUUAUAAUUUAACAAAAUACAAUCGAAGUCUUCCAAAUACAAUAUCAAUUGAAUACUAAUGACUACAUUUUAUUACAUCUAUUAUAUUAGACCGGAUGGUUCUAACAAAUUAUUCACGAUGCAUGAAUUAAGUUACAAAACGAGAGCCUGUUAUCAACAAACUAUUGUCCUUGAACAUUUUCUUCGUUUAAUAGAUACAGAGCGCUAAAAACUAAUCAGUGUCGAAAAUUGUAACUAAUCCAGUCAUAAAUAUUUAUAUUUGACGGUAUUUUUGAGCUUAUAAUUGUUAAAAUUUUCAGAGAAAUAUAUAAUAAUACUUGACUGCUCAAAAAAAAAAGAAUUUGUGAUGUCCGCUAAAUGUGCUAAAUUGCCAUUUGCUGGAAAAAUCAAGAAGAGGCAGUAUUAGAUAAUAUUUUUAGUAUUAAGUAUUAAUAAUUAAUUUCUAUAAUAAUAUUUAUUAAUAAAUAAUGGUCAUGUAAGAAAAAAAAUGUAUUUUAAGUGAUCAAAUUCGUUAAAUAAUGAAUAUUUGUACUUAAUAAAUGCAUAUAUUAAUUCUGAUGUUAUUUAAUUUAAUUUAUCGAAGAGACCAUGAACAGUGAAAGUAGGUUAUACUGGCAACUGACAAUAGGUAUUUAGUGAACCUAAAUUCAAAUUGACUAUAGUAUUAUAUUCAAGCAUUCAUUAUUUCAUUAUGAUAUUAUAAAUCACGAAUUAAUAUAUCCUUAUUCGUGACAAAUUAUCUAGCCCUAAUCAUAAGCUGCAACUGGUGCCUUUUUUUUUAGCGCUCAUUUUUCACGAGCUAGAAUAUGGUACACAAUUUACCAUAGUCACAUUUGAACGCUAGCUGUUAAUUUGAGAAUGAAAAUAUUUCAUGUAACAACUGAUAAGUGCUCAUUGCGUAUUUUAUGUAUCAUAAUUCGUGUUACGAGGUAAUCGUGGCAGUUCGGAGAAUCAUGUUAUCACAUAAUGUUUGCAUUUUUUUUUUUUUACGAAACUAUCCCUCGAUUUGUUGUGUUAAACCACGCCGGGUACGUAACAGGAGAAAAUGUUUUAUUUUUAAAAUGAAAAAAAUCCGUUGAAGGAUAUUUUUGUAAAAAAAAAAAGUGUAAAAGCGCUUAAGGAUUCUUGUAUCGCGAACUGGCACCGCUCACGACGACGGGUACAAAAAGCCUGGGUUAGGGCAAGUGGCGAGCGUUCAAGGAUUGGCGAAGGAGUGGUGUCGGCAGACCACAGUGAAUGUCAAAGAUCCUUGAUAAUUAAUAGGCUCCGCCACACGGCCCUGACGUGUCGGCCGUAUUAUUUUUCAAUUUUGUUUCAAGCCUCGAAUAAUUUAUUUACUUAAAUAUUAGUACAUAUUACAGAUUUAUAUAAAUUAAAUAUUCCUUUUUUUGGCACCAAAAAUAUAAUUAAUCAAUUAAAUGAAUAUCGUUUUAUCGUGAAGAUUAUUUUCAAGACAUUUUGCAAAACAGCGAGAAAAAUUCCUAUAAGCAUAAAAAAAAACCUAAAACCUAAAACCUUUGUACGCCGAGAGAACCCAAGUUUGGUUUUUUCGUUGAGCAAGUUGCUCGUGCAUCCAAAUGAAUAAACUUCGCCAUCUCUUAGUUAAAUUUUUCCAUCAUGCGGCAUCAUCAUUUUUCCAUCAGAGUAUGAAUAGUAUGAAUCAGAGUAUCAUCACGGGGAAUUCGAAAAUCGAACGAGUUUUGGUCGCCGUUUAGUUGGAUUCUCUCGACUUAAGGAGUUCAGGCAUUUAGCUAGCCUUUUUUUUACACCUGCGCCAAAUGAUCAUGACAUUUCUAAAAGACCUCCGCUUUAGUACCUAAUAACCAAUACAUUUUUAAUACUAUUAUGUUUACGUAUUUAUAAAUUCUGUAUCCGAUUUGGGUCGAAACCAAAAUAUAGCUGAGUUGGUUUUAAGAGUUUUUAGAAAUGCAGCCAAUAAACAAGCCAGGGCCAAUCCAUUUUUUUAUAAAACAUUUUUUCUAUAAAUAAUCAAACGUAGAUACAACUCAAUAAUUUAAAUUCAGCUAAUUCAAAAUAUUACCCAUGUCUUUUUGAGUUUGCCAGUCAAUCAGUAAAAUAUAACCUCUCAGUCGAUACUAUUGUGACUACAUGUCAAAUUUUUUAAUUUUCAAUUUUCUCAAUAAAAUAAAAUAAAAUAAAAAUACAUGUAUGUUAUUUUUUAAAGCAUUUUUCGUCCUAAUUAUCACUGUUUUAACGGCCAGUUAUUAAUUUGCUGUUGAUUUAUAUGGAUUUUAAUGAGUCUUUUUUUUUUUUUUUUUAUUAACUUACCCCUACCAAUUACAUUAUUUUAAAUUUUAAGAGCGUAAAUGUAUGCUUUUACAUUUUUUAAGGGAUUUAUGGGGUUCUAUAGUGCGUUAUUUAUUUAUUGCAAUCUCAGCCCGGUUUAUGCACAGUAGUUCUUAUAAUUCAACUCGAGUAAACGGGAGAGAUUUACUAAAUGUGCAUAAAAUUAAACUGAAAUUCCUUCAUUUUGAUAUUGGUACUGUACGUCGUCAGAUAUUUUACACAAUUUAUACAUUUUGUGUAAUCAUAUAAAGACAAAAUUGUCUCGAUUAUAUUUUGUUUAUUUUUCACUUUUAGAGUACCACCCUACCUACCUAUAUAUUACACAUUGUAUCUGGUCAAAUUCACAUUUUAGAUUUCGGUCUAAUAAUAAUAAUAAUAAUAAUAAAAAUUUAAUGUAUACUUUUUAAAUUAACGAUUUUAUUUAUAAUUACGUGACAAUACUAUAUUUUAUAACGCUGAUUACACAUCGUUAUACAACCGUCGUAUUGUUAUGGGCGUCGGAUUUGUUUUUACGUUGUACAUGCACGUUUCAACUUAUGAGAAUAAAUCGUCCAAAUGUCAAGAUUUGUCGUCCUUAUAACGUAUUUGAACGGAAAAGAAUUUCCGUUCCGGGUCGGUGCGCCAUUUCGUUAUUUGUGCGUGUGCGUAUUAUCGUCGGGCGUAUGACCGUCGUGAGCGCGAACCGGUGAUCGGCGCAGUCCACCGGGUUUGACGUCAGCCCCCGUGAACAGAUGGUCGUAACCCAUCGCGAUCAUGCGCUGCUUGAACAGGCUAUAAAAAUAAUUCGGAUACACCUGUCGGACGGCUGUCACGAACGACCCGGGUCGGUCCGUCAUCAGGGUGGCGUUGGCGAACUCGACGGCCGCCCCGGCCAGGUUACCGUUUUCAAGCAAACGUUCACCCGUCUUGACGGACCGCGUAAACACGCCGGCCAGCCAUUGCCGUAUGACCACCUCUUCCGCGGGUGACGAUGCGGCCCGUCCGGAUUUGCCGACGUCCACGUCGUCGUCCAGUUUAAUCGACGAACGUUCGGACAUAAUCAAGGGAUUUCAGUUUCGGCCGACUGGCGUUCUUGCUCUCGGCCGGUUACACUUUACACUUUAAAAACGAUCGUAUUUUAGGCAAACAUACGCGUGUACACAAUAAUAGUUUUAUUUUGUUAUACCAUUUAUGUUGGAUUUUCCAUGCCAACGCUUUACAUCGAUUGAUUGAUUAUUCGACGCGUCAACAAGAGGUUACAGUAGCGUUUAUCAUGUCUGAAUCUAGCGUUUGUUUCGGCGAAAAUACUCGUUCGCUUUAAACGAACGAAAUUACCUUUAAAAUCGGUCUACGAGAUAAAAUCGGUCUCGGUGUAAAUGGCCACGUUUUGAUAGUAACCUCAUCAGUGUUGUGAAGUGUCAAUUAAAUAAAUAAAUGUGCACUGUCUUCUAAAACCGAAUUUAAAGGCGUUUACGUUUCUUUUACGUUAAUACGAUAUCCAGGGAAUCUAGGUCGAGUGUUAGAAAGUUGUGUGUCAUCAAGGUCGAAUAUCAUCAAUUUAAGUCCCAUAAAAGUCACGCGUUAUAAAAAUUAUUUCUCGUAAAAAUCGUAUGUUAUAAAAGUAUACAUAUAAAAAUAGCUACAGAGAAAUUGAAAUUUGUUAUAAACAAUUGAACGUUAAUGAAAAAUUUACUGUUAUACCUAGGGAUGUUAUUAAAAUUUUAAAUUUGAACCCAUAGCCUCGAGAAAUUGUUUUAUAUCAUACCCAUGAUUCUAUUCUAAUAUUUUACAUACUAUGUUUUGUAGUCAGAUAUCAUCACGAACGGACGGGGUAACGGUCAAAUUCGAUUCCAUUUUCAUUAAAUUAUAUAGGAAAAAAAACGAUCGCUCGUUAAAUAAUCGUAUAUAUCACCAAAUGUUACCGAACCGACAACAGUGUAUUACGAGAGAACAACGCACACGGCGGCCGAUCAGAACUCGUAUUGUUUUCGCGCAUCCCUACUACGAAACACGCACAACCGAUUCCCCCACUGCGAUGCGCGGCGUCGCGUUCGACAAACGGGGCGCGGUCAUUCGGAUGCGCGACCCGCACUCGUGGUGCGUUCCGGUACUGUGUAGUCUUGUGACACGCGAGCGCGUGAGGAAGGAGGUGCUACCGGCGUCUCGACGAAAAUCGCGCCGAUUAAAAAUAUAUACGAAACGAAUGAACGGUGUGAAUGCGUACUACUGCGAUGACAAAAAUAAUUGUUUCGAUACGGAAAUCUAAUGUGGAAAACGUGGAAAAUAUAUCUUACAGUAUUUAAAAUCGUCCCGUGUCAGACCAUGGUUGUUUAUAUUUUAUUCAUUUUUUUUAAACGUAUCAAUCUCAAUUUGUCCGUGUGUUUUUUUUUUUUUUUUAUAUAUAACGAUUUUAUUAGAAAUGCUCUUAUAACGCGUGAUUUUUAUGAGAAAUAAUUUUUAUAACGCGUGAAUUUUAUGAGACUUAAAUUUACGAUGUCCGACUUUAUGACACAUGACUUUCUUACACUCGACAUAUUGCAUCCAGGAUUCCGAAGUGCUUUAAAUACUUGCCAAUAACGUUUUGAACGAUCAAAAAUUAAAUCAAAAUAGCUAAUAUAUUAUUAUUAAACAAUACAUAAAUAGUCCUUAUAACUUUUUAACAAACAAGUGACAUUUUUCAAUUGCUAUUUUGUUCUUAUUUAAUUAUGAUAAAUUUCUACUUAUAAUUAACUAUUAUUAAAAACAUAUUUCAAAUAUAAGUAAAUAAUAUGGCUGGUGGAAAAAUAUUCUCAAAUUCCGAAUUAGAAUGAUUAUAAUAAAUACAAAUAACUAAAACAACUCAAUGAGCGUGUUAAAUUACAGUUUUUAAACGAAAUUUAAACAAUUAACUAUAAUUUAUAAUAUUAUAUAACUUAAAAAUAAUUUGGUAACUUUAAUUAUAGGUAUGUUUAUAUGUUAAAAUUCUAAUUAAAUUCAACGCUUUCACAGACUCAAUUAGACUAGAUCAGAUUGAUCUAUCAAAUUUUCUGUUAUUACAAAUAAGGUAACCUUAGUUACCUAUCGCCAGUGUCGGAUUAAGAAAUUUAGCGCCUUAUAUAGGCCUAUAUUAGGCCUUGUAUAAAAUGGCGCUCUUAUUAAUUUAUUGUCAUUUUAAAUCCUAGUAAAAUUGCUGGUAAAAAAGUUGUUUAUAGGAAAAAAGUUAUAAAUAAAUAUCACUGUAAAACCAAUAUAUUCCUCGCUCCGCUCAGAAUCUAAAAUCUCUUUUAUUCUUUUUUUUUUUUUACACGCAUUUUACAUUGAAAAAAUGAUAUAAAACAAACAAAGUACAAUAAUAAUUAGUGUUUAGUAACUAAGAAUUAUACUUAUUACUUAGUAAUUUCAAUUAAUUUUUUCCCUGGAUUUCCUAGUAGCGAAUUCAGUUACUAUGCCAGAAUAAUCCAAGCUUUGAAAAAGUUAAUUUUCUAUAUUUAAUAGAGAUAUAAUGCAUUCAUUCUAUUUGAUGUUGUAAACCUCGUAUAAUUUUAGAACAUGAUAAGAUAAAACCGAUAAGAAUUAUUAUUUGAGGUGUCCUACGUAAUAUAGGCCACCGGCAGCCGCAUUCUUCAAACACUAUUUAUGAAGAUGUAACUCAACAAAAAUUUAAUGAAAUUACGGAUUUCCAUUGUUUGUUUUAAAUGGAAGAAGAAAAAUAUUUUCGUCCCUUACACAACUUAAAAUUAUGGAGCCCCUAUGCCCAGGCCUGCUUUGCCUAUUUGUUAAUCCGCCCCUGCUUAUCGCUGUACCUAUUUAAAAUAAAUUAAUAUUGUAACUAUGUAACCUAUUUGUUGGUAACUAAUAGACUGUCGGACAUAACCGGGAUAUAAGGUGUCUAAACUUAUGUUUAGAAAACUAAAAUUAACAUUGAGUUCUUUGAUUUACGAAUCGUAAAGAUAAUGAGAAUACUCUCGCGGAGGAGAAUAUUUUGUACGCUCGAAAAUUUUUAAGCGCUCGCCACAGUACGCGCUUCUAUUAUGUGUUUUGUGAUAUAGAAUGAAAUGUUAUUGUAUAAAACGCAAAUAUUUUUGAUGCCAAAUAAGUAAACAUUUAUAAUUGUGUUUCUCAGGAAGACAUUCCGAAAGUAUUGUAUUUGCCGGAGUGCGAAUUAGCAAUACCACAUUACGUGAUUAGAAUUUUAGUCGAGGAUAAACACCUCCUCGAAGAAGAAAGAUUUGUAAGUGAAACUUUUACAAAGUUUUUGCUAAUUUAUGGGUUAAGUAUAAAAAUCUUACAUUUAUUUUAUUAGAUCGGUAUCGUCCCGGCAAAACCAUCCACCCAAGAUAUUUUUGAAGACUUUUCAAAUAAGUAUCCAGUGUAAGUAAAUUGUCUAUAAGUUAAUAUAGGUUAGGUUUGAUAAAUUGAAAAUUUUAACAAAUACCUUAAUGUGCUUAUUAUUUUGUACUUUAGGUGUAGGUAUACAUUAAAUGUUAUGGUCGAUUUGUUUGACCAUACAUUAAAUGCAUUUUUGUUGCAUCCCAUUGAAAGACCAAAGUUUAAAGAAGUAAGUUUGAUUUAAUUUUUAGAAUAUUCGUUACUCACAUUAUGUAAUUCAAACUGUAUAAUAAAAUUAAACCAAAAUUAUUUUUCAUUUCAUAUUGUAGAUGCUUCAAAAAUAUCCAGGCCAACAUAUGGCCCAAAUUUAUGGUUUACCUCAUUUAUUACGAUUUUUGAGUAAGCAUAAUAUUAAUAAUAUUAUUAUAUAUUGUGUGUAAUGGUAUGAAAUAGUUUAUGUCCCCCUGUGGGAUACGAUCAUAAUACACCUACAGUCGGAAGAGGUGAUAAAAGGGGUUGCGUAAGUCAAUAGCCAGUGUGAAAUUUUGUCAAACAGUAUGAGUUUAAAACAAGACUGACAAGUGUGCGAGAAUAACAGUUGUGAAGCGGUAUCAUGACGCAUGAUGUGUUAGUAAUGUAACUUGAGGAAUGGAGAGUAAUACUUGAAGGAAAGGAUAAGUAGAAAAAAAAACAGAGUAUGAGCUAAGAAAAUUAUGACAAGACCGCUGACGGCAAUAUAAUCAUAUUAGUCGCUUAUAACUGGUCAAGUGAAAAUUUAGAACAAAGAAAGGUGAUUCCAAAUAAUUAGGAUGAAGCCGAAGAAUAAUAAGAAGAAUUAAAUAAGUUUAUUUAUACACAUUAUAAUUAUACAUUUUUCAUAAUACAGUCAUUAUCAUAUACAUUUGGAGAAUAGUUUUUUGUUUGAUUUUAUACUUUCAAUAAUAUAGGUUGUAUAUUUUAAGGAUAUUGUAAUAUAAGAUAAAUACUAAUACCCGUAUGUUUAUUAAUGACCAUAAGAUAAAUUAACUAACACAAUUUUAGUUUUGUAAAAAAUAAAUAUACUUUUAUUUUAUAUUUGAUACAAUAUCGGAAUAAGUAUUUGGAUAAUUUUCAAAAAUACAACCAAAAAAACUUACACACAAAUAAUUUAUUUCAUUUACAAUUUGGAGGGAGUUUUUACAAACUAUUAUCAAUGUUGAAAAAAAUGUAUUAAUUAUUAAAAAAAAUUAACCAUUUAAAUUUUUUAAAUUGUUUUAUUUCUCAAAAUGUAUUCAAAUAUAACAAAAUAAAUAUUAUUUUAUUGCAAGAUUAAAAAGGUAUUUUAUCAUACUUACAAUAGUAAGACAAUUUUGUUAUUUUAUUACUUAAUCAUUUAUGUAUAUAUUUUCCUAAAUGUGUUUACAGUAAAAUUACCGAAAAUUUUGUAUAUAAUGAAAACACAGCAUAACGAGUUCAUUCCUGGUGCCAUUCAAUUUAUAACGAAAUUAUUGAAGUGAGUAUAAUUAUAAAUAUAUAUCCAUAUAACAAUGGCUGUUAGUAUUGAUAUAUCUGAGUCUAAUAAACUCAACCCAAUAAAUUGCAAAAUGAUCUGCGUUGUCAGGGACAAAUUUUUAGUUAUUAAAAUCUCUGAUCCGACUGGUAGAAAAAAAUUUUGGUGCUUAAAUGUUUUAUUUUCUUUUUAAUUUAGUUGCCUAUAGUAAUACCAAAAGAAUGUUAGAAUAGCUAGUUUUAUAUAAAAUAUGAUACAGGCAAAACAUGAAAUUUUGCUAAGCAUGUAAAACAUUAAACAAAAUAUUUAAAAGUUAAGGUAAACUCAAUUAUGACAAAUUUAAUAACUAUCCUGUGGUGGCUUGUGCUAUAGUGCACAGGAGCAGUGCAACGUCUACAAUUUUGAAUACUAUAUUAAAUUAACAUUAUUAUAUUAUGAAAAUAUAAAAAUAUACUAUUAAUUAUUAUAAUAUAUAUUACAAGCUAGAAAUGCAUUCAUAUUUAUUUUAGAGAAAAGAAUACAAAUUAAUUAUUAUAAUAUUAAAAAAAUAUUGAAUGCGAAAAGUCGAGAAAAACUAAUGUUAUUGCAUGGAGUGUGUCUAACGACAGCGUUUACGGAUUACGGACGGGCAAAUACGUUUUUUUGUAUCAGUCGUGCAUGCGCAUUUGACCGUUUCAUUCCCAUAACUGGCACAAUUACCAUUUAUAGAUAUAUAGUGGUGUGUUGGUGAACAAACGAAUAUUAACCCGUCAGCCGCCGUACAGUAGAGCUCUACACGGUCCGGUCUUGUAUUUUUUUUAUAUAUAUAUAUGAGAAUUUGAAUAUCAAUUUUUGACGAAUUUCGUAAAUAUAACGACCUUUUCUAAAAUGUAUAAAACCGAACUCCGUCCAUAAUCGUUUUUCGUUAAAAAUCAUUUAUCGUCGCAUACAAAAAUAGAUUAAAUUUUACUCUAUUUCCUACAUUCUUAACUUCUCACCUAAAACAGUGUCCCACACAUUAUGCGAAAUAUGUCUUUUUAUUUAAUUUUGUAAUUUACUACGGCCCGGUCCGGUUGGUUCUAGUCUUCUUUUGGUCUAGUCCAGUUCGUCCACUAUUUCCCGUUACAAUAGUCUGGACUGGUUUAAAUGUUGAUAGAGUACAAUAAAAUAAUUAUUAUGUUACGUGGAAAAAUAAACUAUUAUCUGGGCCCUGGGGUAAUCAUAUUUGGCAAAACGAUUUCAAAUACACACGACGGAAACGGAUAAAAUAUAAUUUUGGGAUUUUCGUGUUAUUUGUAAAUUAACUGAACGACCAUCACUUAAUACGUAAUGCGCGAUUUUCUAUAUUUUUAUAUUAAAUAUUAAACUUAGAAAAUCAUACUUUCAAUUUUAUUUUAUAAUCCACAAACAAUUAUAUUCUGUGUGAUAAUUUUAUUAUAUAUUCAAUAUGUUUUCCAAUAUUCUAUUAUAUUUUUGUUUACAUAUAUAUUUGCAACUUUUGUACUGUUUAUAAAACUACCCUAUGUGUUUUAAACUUUAAUUAUUAUGUAUCUUUAUGUGUUUUUUAAUUUAUACUUGUAACAAAAACGUCUGGUUAUAGUAUGUAUAUUGUGUCACUAUAGGCAACCUAUUAGACAGGCAGUCUGCUUUAUUAUUUUAAUAAAUGCUGUUCUCUCUCUUUGAAUGUGGAUUUAAUAUUAAAUAUUUUUCAUGUUUAAUUAUAUAAUGUAUUAAUGUAUAAAUAAUAAAUUACUAGGUAUUUAAUAGGUUCGAUCUUAGUAUAUUUUAACACGGUCCUGUCUCGAUCCGAUUUAGUUAAGAAAAAAAUAAAUGAUAAAUGACCAUUCCUGUCUGGUACCGUGGUUUAUUCCAUUAGUCUUAUCCUGGUGUUAAUUUGACUUCACUGAUCCGGUCGGUCCGGUCUUAAAAUAACCGGACUGUUCAGAGUUCUACAGUCAUCUACCACCGCUGAUGGAGAAUAUCACGCAGCGGAAACGUACCUAAUUAUUUCUUUUGAAUAAUAUUAAAUUUAUUCGGUGAGGCGGUGACCGGCGCGCGGCGUUAUCUCUAAAAGUACUCUAUGAAAAAUAUUAACCAGGUUUACAUUCAAUUGCUAAAUGUAUAAUAUAAUAAAAACAAACAUAGUUCCCUGUGGAUUUCUGUUUAAGAACUUUCUAUAUAAAACAAAUACAAAUAUAAUAUUCAUAUUUCAAUAGAAUAUUUGUUAAUUCCUAUUUUCUGAAUUGACUGUACUUAUUAUAAAUUACCUAUAUACAUAAUUUUUUAAAUAUGUACCACCAAUUAUUUUACACACGAGCCGCCACUGUAACUAUUAUCAUAGAUUUUUGGCAUACUUGUGGUUAUAAUAUUUAGUUUUGUUAUACAUUUUCUACUUUUUGUAACGCAUUUAAUUGUUGAAUGUAUCAUAUUAUAUAUUUUAUAUAUUUGUAUGUGUGUGUGGAAGUUACAGACUAUAAUAAGUCAAUCGCUUUCAUAUCAAUACCAGAUUUUAAUUCUCUUAUCCAUACUUUACAUAAACGUUUAAAGAGUUGAUAUACCUAUCAUUCAAUGGUAUGUUAAGAACCCUUGGUUUAAAACAUAGUUUGUAUUUAGCUAAGUAAGCAAUAUAUUAUUUUUUUGGUAACGUCUUCCGUCGCCGAGCGCAUGAAAUGCGAACGAUGACGGCAGUCGAGUUAAAACAACGAUUCCGUAUAGUUAUAAGUAGAACCUAUUAAAUGUAUUUUUAAAUAAAUAUAAAUAAUAAUAAACAAUAAGUAAUUAUUUCAAAACGGAUGAGUUCAGUGUUUGGUUAAUCCCAAAAGUCUAACUCAAAUAAACGAGUAUCCGCCGUCAUUUACGGAAGAAACCAAAAUUGACGGUGAACCCGGCAUCAACCGGAUAUAGGAUACAACAGGUGUAUAUAUGCAUAAAAUGAAUCAUUGGUUUUUUUUCAUAGCUCUUUAAGUAUUUUUGUUCGUAUUUAGUCUGGCGUUUUUUUUUGUUAUUUAUUUUUUUGUAACUUCUAACGGAAUGAAAUUUUUAAUUUUGCAUUUGUUGCAUUCAUCUAUUGGCUCUAUGCAAUGUCAAGCUGAGAGUCUAUGGCGUUUAGUAGAAAUGUACAUUCAAGAUGCCGAGCAUAUAUUUCUAGUUUACUAGAUGUUAAUGUAUACUUUAUACCUUAAUGAAGUCACAUUUCCAAUCCAAGUUGCUCCUACCUUUAAUCUAAAUUCUUAAACUAAGUUGUAUGGUUUGAGAUGUUUAAAACACCUUAUAACCUUGAAAUUGUUAAAAACAAUUUAAAAUAUUUAUUUACUUAUUUACUGUUUUUUUUUCUUUUUUAGAUAUCUGGACGUAGAACAAAUUCCAAUUAGUAUCUUUGAUUAUAAUUGUGUGAUGCCGGAAUACUACAGAAUGGCAUAUUUCACAUAAAUAUUUUCAUUGUAAGUGGUUUUUGUUGUCAAUUCUUAAGUAGACGCAUUCUCUUGAUGUCAGAUACAGUAGAAGCCUAAAUGUGUCAAAUUGAAAUUCCGCCACUAGGCGAUUAGUAUUAGACUUAGCUGUAUCCUGGCCAAUUAAAUCCAAAGAAAAAAUAAAUAUAUCUAAAUAAAUAGGCUUAGAUAUAAAAUACAAAUAAUAUUAGUAGGUAUAUUAUAUUAUAAUAUAUACUGUUUUAUAUUAUUUUAUAUUACAUAUACGUAUACAUUAUUUAAAAUUUGGUUUCGACAUUAUGGUAAUAUUUUAACUAUUUUAACUAAUAACGCUUUUCCAUAACUUUAAUGUAAGCGGUUGUAUGAUCGUGAUUAUCAUUUUAAACUUCAUAUUUAUGAAAUAGAUUUAUGCUAAUUAGUAUUAGAUUAUAUUAGGUAACUAUUGCAUUUUAUUAAUAUAUAUUUAAGAACAGUGGCAUACCUACUCAAGAGAUUAGGUGCCUAGGCAGCUAUUAAUAAUUUUAAAUACCUACCUAUUAAAUAUUAAUAUAAUUGUGUGAUAUAAUUAUGAAUUUUGCUACAAAUAUUCAUAUCACUCAUCACGCUCCUCCCAACCAAAAAAAGUUAUGCCAAUGUUUAAGAAUAAUACAAUUAAUGUAACCCACAUUUUAUAUUUAUCUUAUAUCAAAACUCUUUUUUAAUUAAAUUCCAUUUUAUUAUAUCUAAUCAUUAAUAUUCGUAUUUAUUAAACUUUUUUUAUAUGUGUUACACUGAGUAAACUCAUUUUAAAUACUAUUUUAUAUUCUAUAAUAAUUUUACAUUAUUUUUUUAUUAUAUCAUCGCAUUGUUAAUUUAUCAGCUUAUAAAAAAAAACAUUAAGUUUUAAUAAUUUUUGAUUUUCCAGUAUAUCUUUGUUUUUUUUUUUUUUUUGAUAAUUCUAUAUUUCUUAGAUGUGAACUACCUAUAAUUAAUUAUUUUGUAAUUCCUAAUAGUAUAUAAAUUAUACUAUAUUUUUUAAUAUAUACUAUACUACAAUUUUCCGUUUAUAAAUAAAUCAUGCAAAAAGUAAACCAAGUGUAAAAACAUGUUCUUAAAAAAAAUUGUUAGCAUGUUUAAAUAUCUUAUUUCAUUCCUAUAUAUGUAUGAAAAAAAAUGUCUCAAGUGAUAUCAUGAAUAGUUUAGUAACCAUUUAGUACAUAAAUUUUAAUUAAAAUCAAAAUUUAAUUCUAAUUUUAAAUUUAAAAAAUUUUAGUCACUUUUUGCAUGAUGAUAAUGAAAUAUUCUAUGACUUAUUAGGCGUAUGCAUUAUUUACAUUUAGUUUUCAGAUUAAUUAUUUUGUGUUGUUAAUAUUCAACACAUACAAUAUUAAGUAAUUUUGUUUGUAAACCACAAUCUAAAUGUUUAAUUCAGUGGUAUUAACUAUUUAUGUGAUUUCUAUUAUACUCUUAUCAAAAAUUGUGUUGCAUUUUUAAUUCAUUUAAUACUUAUUAAAUUUGUAGUGUAGGUAUUGUAAAACAUUAGAAGAAAAGUACAGUUUAAGGAUAUAUUUUAAAAAUGUGUAGGUACCUACUAUAAAACAUUUGACCGACUCAAAAUAGUUGGGAUGGAGCAGAACGUUAUUAUUGUUGAUAUGUUUUAUACUUAUUUUAUAAUGAAUAUAAAAGACUGACAUGUGAGUGCACAUUGGUAGUUGUAGGUAGGAAAGUAUGAUACAGAUGGGAAUUUAAUGUAUAUCUGUGAGUAACGAUAAACUAUUGCUAACAAAUAAAAACAAUUCUGAGCGGAAUUCAGUUGAUAGUGUUGCUUUAUCAACAAUAUAUAUGUCAUACUACAGUAAAAUGAUUACAGAAAUGGCGUUUUCAUAACAACAAUGAUUGUUUAAAAUAAUAAAACUUAUUAAUAACAAAAAGUUUAAAAAAAACCCGCUUGCAAUAACAAAGUUAUUUUUAAUCUUUCAAUUUUUUGUAACCUAAAGGACCAGGUUUUCCUCGUUAUCUCGAAUAUUAAUAAGAAUUUCAAAAAAUGUCCUCUUUACUAGUCUUUACUUGUCCUAAUUACCCAGAGAACAUUUCCUUUCAGAAAAAGGAACUAUACUUGAUAAUCAGAGUAAGCUUUUUGGUAGAAAAGGAUUUACAUAAAAAAAUAAAAUAAAAUAAACAUUAUUGUAAAACCAAGACAUUCCUCGUUCUGUUCAGAAUCUAAAAUUACUUAAUUAUAAGUUCUAUAACAAUACUAAUACAUUUCUAAGAUAUUGAUAUUAAAUACGGUAAAUGUUGUGAAGAUUUAUGGGUUGAUGACUAAGUAAGCCUCAAUAAAUUACAAUUUAUAACUUGUUUAAUAUAUAAUACAAUACGAACAGUAGCGUAGCCAGUAUUUAGAAAUAGGGGGGGGGGAGAAAAGUCAAAAAAUAAAAAACUAAACAGUGAACAUUAAUAAUUUAUUUUAACGUUAAAGAAAUUAUUUAGACUUAAAUAUAAAUAGCAUUUUAAUGGUAAACCAACUCCGUCGGCCCUAUAUGCUUCGUCUACUUCGUCAAUAAAAACCACUGGUUUUUAAUAAAUAAAAAUAAUGAAAAUGAAAAUUUGUUGGUUAUUAUUAACACUUCUCUCUUUAUUAAGGAGCCCAUUCACACAAUCUAUUUUCUGUGUCUGUCUCCGUGUAGUAAUGUGUAGUACAAACAAAUAUAGAGGCAACUUAACCAAAGGCAUAAUAUAAAAUAUUGAGGUCAUAGUCAAGCGUGAAAUUGAAUAUAAAUAAUGCAAAUAAUGAUAUGGACGACCUUUUUUUAGCAGAUUUAAAUUUUUCAUUGAAAUUGUGAAAAUUGAAUAAUUAUAGUCCCAUCAGAUUUGAUGGAACAUCAUUAAAUACCAAUUUAAUUAUACUGAAGCCUACGAGACUACAAGAGAAGAAACUCAUUUUACGCAUACGAACUGACGACGUUGAAUAUUCCGUGGCACCAUAUUUCCCCCCCACUCAAAUAUUCCGGAUGGCAGCAUACUACCACAUAUAGCCUAUCGGAGGCUAUAACACAUAUAGUCUAGUGGACCUUAGAAGUGGUAAACUACUAAUAAAAUAAUAAAUAGCAAACCAUUAUUUCUUAUCAAUAGUAGCAAUUGCUAUUUUUAAGAAUAGCUGUAUGCUAUAUUGCUACAGACCAACCACGUCCACAGUAGCAGUUAGUUGUAUUAGCAGCUAUAGUGUGUUACAGAUAGAGUUGCCAACCGUACCGAUUUUAACGGGACAUUCAUGAUCCAUGUGUUUUUGCGAUCAAUGUUGUUGCGGGAUACAUAAUAAUUUUUAUAAUAUCUUUUCCACAUUUGUAAACGACGGAACUGUUGAAAAAAUGUAUCAAUGAUCGUGAUCCGAAUGAUUGCUGUUUAGGAGGGCGCGCUCGAAUUAUUAUUACUACUUUAUCUGUUUUUUUUUUCCGAAUAAAAUUCAUCAUUCGUUGAUACGCGCAUUAUUUUGUAAUGACCCGUCGGUAUGCUGUGUAUUUUCAUGUUGUGCGUGUGUGUAAUUGGCGUGUAUCUAUAUUAUAAUCUUAUACAAUGAGUGACCCUGGAGAACAGAGUACUUCACCGAAUCCAUAUCCGCACGACGCGGCUAAAAUUAUUAACCUAACCGCGCGGCUAAGGUCGUGGUUUAGUUAAUUCGAAAGCAAUUUUUCCCAAAUCGAUAUCACUUUAUACGACUUGAUAUCGGUUUCAAAUAGCUAGGUCAUUUUAUGAAAAUGAAAAAUAAUUAUCUGAUUGAAAUUGAAAUGAUACACGACGCGUUACCUAUUUCUUAAAAUUAAAAUAUAAUUAAUAAUCUCAAAAUUUCACCAUUAACUGUUAAGGUAUAAGCAAUUUAACAGUCUAGCAAUAUUUUGUCACUACUAUAUUUCAAAAAAAAAGUAGAAGUACAAUUAACAGACUAUUAAUUAAAUUCAAAAAUAUGAUUAGUAAUCUCUUAACAUAAUUGGGAAAUAGUAGUACUAAUAUAGUUUCUACUAUUAUUUUUUACCACCUCCAUAUGUUAAAAACUCGACGUUGUAUUGAUCACACAUACAAAUAAAUAAUAAUUAAGACAUUUAAUUUAGUUGUACAUAAGAGAUCAAUCGUUUAUUAUGAAUAGUACAAAAAAAAAAAAAUGUUGUCCUAGGAUAAUGGAGACGAGCGAAGCUACUUUUAUAGGUAAUUUAAUUUAUAUUUGUUAGCAAAGAUUAACCACUGCUAACGAAAAAACAAUUCUAAACGAAGUUCAGUUAAUAUUGUAGUUCCUUUAUCAACAAUAAAAUAUGGACGAAUAAUUUCAUAAGCAAUAUAUAUAUUUUCUUUAAAACUAUUUGUUUAAUCUUAGACCUAUUUUCCGUUUUCCUACGCGUUUCCCCAGGUUUCCCAUUUAUUGGGAAAAAAUAGUAAGAAAAUCAAAAAACGACUUCUCUGAAGUACCUCCCUAGUCAGAUUUCUUUCAGAAAAGGUGCUACACUUAAAAAUCGGCGCAAGAUUUCUAGUAAAAAUGUUGCGCAAAUAUUAAAAAAAAAAAUCUUUCUAAAACCACAAGCUUCUUCGCUCCAUUCAAAAUCUAUAUUAGUAUUAGGUAGGUAUCACUUUAUAGUUUGCAAGAGGAAAGAGCUAGUAGGUGAAUUGGCAUUUAAUGGCUCAUGUUCCAAUCUAUUGACUCCUAACUACAGUUUAAACAACUGCACAACGGGUACUUCUUUCUCUUAUACUUCUUCUGGCAUUUGUUCAUCUGAAAACUGGGUAUCUAUUGACUGUUCUUCAAUGUUACUUCUAUCAGACCUCUCAGUCAGAACCUGGACAGACUUGAGUUGGGAGACAUGCGCAGUAGUACAAAAUGAACCAGAUUCUCUUCUUAAAUUGGCCAUACGGUAUGUGUCUUCCGGCAAUACUUCAAUAAUCUGAAAGGGUCCUCGAUACUUAGGUUCAAGCUUGGAUGAUUCACCCAGCCCAGGUUGCUUCAAUAUGAUGACAACUUCCCCAUGAUCUUGACAUUCACGCAACGCUUUUGAUCAAAUCGCUUCUUUAUUUCGGACUGAGCGUUUAGAAUAUUGUUUCGGAACAUGUUCUGUAGUUCCCUCGGGCUUUUCCACUUAGACUCAGGUUGAAACAAAGAACGUAACGCUCCACUAUGAUACCGUGGUAUGUAACCAUAAAGCAAUUCAAAUGGUGUAUAUUUUGUUUGCUUAUUAAUUGAAAAAUUCACAUCCCUCACCACAUCUUGAACUUUCUGAUCCCAGUGAACAUUGUCGGAUGCCUGGAUAACUAGCAUUGGUAAUAGUGUACGGUUCAUACGUUCUACCUGCGCAUUCGCUUGAGGAUGUCGGGUUGAAUUAAGUAUGUGUCGAAUUCCCUCAAACCGGUAGUAGUCCUCAAAUAGAUAAUCUGUGAAACAUGUGCCGCGGUCUGUUAUGAUUUACCCUGGGUGGUCUGGCGGUUGCUAAUUUUUGACAACUUACUAGAAGGGCUUCCCUCGUUUUAUCCACCAUUGUUUCUGUAGUAUAUGGUUCAAUAAGUAGGGUAUCUUUGUGGAAAGGGUUUUCCUUACUUACCACUGUGCACUUCCAGUGGUGCUUCCCACUUUCCCAUCUACAAUCGGGACACUUCGCUGUCUUUUCCUUUAUUGUAUUUUCUUUUUCUGCCGUGCAUUCCUUCUGAAAAUGACCCAAAGACUUAAAUUUAAAGUACUGAACGUCAGCAUUCGAAGUUAAAAGUCGACUGUCGGUUGGAACCGGAGUAGAUUGUACUACUGUUUUUCCACCACUGGGUCUGUUACUGUGCUCCCAGUUACCUGGAUGUUUGGUCCUCCAUUACACAGCGUCUAUCGAGAAAUAGGUCCUGUGUCCAUUAUUAACACGCUCAACCGUAGAAAUGUCUCUCAACAUUUCGUCAGUAUCCCCAUGUGAAGCCAUCAAUAACGUGUUGGCCAUUUCUCGAGACAAUAGGCCCAUCAACACCUGCUCCUUGGUAUCAGAAAACUUUAACGACAGUGCUUCACACAAUCGCAUUUUGUGGUGAAAAUAUGCAAAGACCGAUUCUUCCUUCCUUUGUACCCAUUUUUGCAUUACAACAAACUUUUAACAAAAACUAGUUUUCGCAAUAAUUGUCUUCUUAAACGCAGCCUCGAAAUCAGUCUACAUCACUAAUUUAUAGUAUAUCGGGCGAGGAACCAACCUCGAUCUGCCCCAGUUAGGUGCCGUCUUGCCAUCUGUAGUUUCACUCUAAUAGGCUAUUGAUGUAACUUCGCGGUAGUGUUCAGAUUAUGCAGUCACUCCGAUGUUGCACGCUUUUCACCACUUUCACCGUUGAACUUGCCGAUCGUUGUUGUCAAGUUCGGCAUAAUUUGGUAAUUAGUGCCGUUAUUGUUAGCCGUCGUCCCAAUCACUAUUGAUGAUACUAUUGUGCUACACUCACAUUUGCGGUAAAUCGGUUAAUGUAACUGCGCUAUCGAGUGAUACGUCCCCAGUCAGCAAUGCAUUCGGCAUCGCAUUUUGACAAUGUACGAACAGACGGAACACAAAAGAAAAUAACAACACAAUCAACACAUAUGACGGAUAAUACUGAUAUCAGAUACGCUGAUAACAUGUGACCGCGACUGGUUACCAAAUACCAAUUGGUGUAACUAGCGGGUGUUCACGCAAGUGCACGAUCCACGCAAAAAAAGAAAAUGUCCACCUAACCUAUACCUAUACGGUUCACAAUUUGUCUCCGACGAAAACACUCGCACGUUCUCGAACACACGUAAAACCGGCGUUUUUCACGAAAUAUUUUAUAUAAUUAUAAACGUUGACCGACGACCUGUCAGAAUGCCUUUGUAAACGAUGAACAACUACGCUACAACACAACAAUAACAUUUCCCAACGGGUUUUGUAUUUAUGGGCUUUAUUGGAGCAAGUCCUACUUCAGAAAUGUUAGAAAAAUGCGUUAAGCUCGAGCGAACGGUGUUCAUUGAUACAAAACAUAGAAAGAAUGAGAAAAAUAAACAAUUUAUUGAACGCACAAACGUGCAAAACGCCUCAUAAUCACACACUAACUUACUAACUUUUACCGCAGAGAAAAUAAAAUAGUACAAAAGGAAAUAGACAGUAUGGCCAACAUUGUUUACAUUAUAAUGUUAAAUAUAUAUAUGUUUAGAUAGUAAACAUUUUUUUCCAAACUAUCCAUUCAAAAAUCUGAUUAAAUUUCUUUAGUAAUUCGCAUCCUGAAAUUGUCUCUAACAUAUUUAAUAAUAGCAAUGCCAUUCUUGUUACUCCAUUUAUUCUGCCACAAUGUACGUACAUAUAUGUACAAAAAUAUACAUAUAUUCCUAUUUCCUCUUUUUCCUAAAUAAAAACUAAUUUUAACACUAGAGGAUAAAAAAAAUUCCUUUUCGAAAAAAUUCUAAAAUUGUGACACACAAUACAUUAUAUUAUAUAAUUUCCAUUUCUAUUUUGAAUUUCUUGUUUUAUUUUUCCCUACGUUUCCCAGUUCCAUAAUAGGUAUUGCAUAAUAUUACCAAGUUCAAUUUUUUGUAUUCGAGUUUACUAAAAAUAUCCGUUGUUUGAAAUUUCAAUUUUCGAAUUAAUUAUAUCCCAUGUCUUUAAUAAGGUCCUGUAUAUUUGCUAACUGUUAGGAAAAGGUUUUAUUCUAAUCCGAAUAUAAACAAUUCCGAAAAAAAAAAACAACUAUACAUAUAAUAAUAAUCACAAAAUAAUAUGGGAUUAAAAUCAUACAAAAUAAUUUAGACUAAUUAGGUAAAAACUCAAUAAAAAUAAAUUAUAAUAAAAUAGUAAAAUAAUAAUAAUUUUACUAAAUAUUUAUUUUAUUUUUUAUUUUCCUCCAUAUCACCAAGUUAACCCAUAAAUCAACAAAAAAAAAAUUGAUUGCUGUACUAAAAAUACCAAUAACCUUGUGUCAGCUGCCCUUGCAACGCAACCUAUAAGGUCAAACUUUGAAUUUAAACCAUUCAGGGACCCAUUCAAACACACACAAUAAAUUUCAUAAAAAUCAGUCCAGCCCUAAACAGGAGGAAUUUAGUGACAUACACAUGGACAGAAGAAAUAUAUAUAAUAUAUACAUUGUAUAUAUAUAUUAUAUUCAUAUGAAAUAAAAUAUUACUCUAUGAUGGUAAAUCUAAUUGUCUAUAACCAACUGCAACCAACUAUAAUACGCAUAUUAGUUGAAUUUAAAAUAAUUUUUUUCUGGUUUUAGUUAGUGGUGUAUUUAGGAAUUUGCUUAGGAGGGGAACUAUACAUUUUUGUAAAAAGUUGUAAAUCUCAUAUCACCAUUAAAAAACCGUUCAACUCUAUAAGGAAGCAGUAUUUUUUAGAUUAAAGUUGAUAGUUCAAAGUGAGUUUAUAUUAAAUUAAAUUUAUAACCAGUAGUUAUGUAUAAAAAUUAUGAAAUUAAUGGGCAUCUUAUUAUUAAGUAUUCUUAUAAAACUAGAUCCAAUUUCCUUGGUCCAUUGGAAAUAUUAUCUAUAACAUCUUCAGGAUUAACUUUGAUGUCCCUAUAAACAGCCAAUUUAAAUAUUAAUUACAAUCAAAUUAUUUUAAAUAUUAUUAUGUACUGUGUAUACUUACUUAUUCUAGUUGUUAGAACUUCUCUGUUUGUAGUGAUGUUUAAAAUCAUGGGCGUAAAAUAUACGUCUUCAAAUGCACAGGGCUUGAGCCCAAUAGGACCACUGGUCUAAAUAAUAAUAAAAGAAAAUCGAUUUAUAGAUCGAAAAAUACCGAUAUCGAAACAUUAAUUUAUUAUUAAUAUCUAUAUAUUUGAACGAUGCGGCAUAAUUAUUGUACCUUGCAUACGCAUCGCUGCACGUCGAUGCGUCUGGGUGCUAGGCCGUUAUAAUAGGUCAUACACUGAUCAUAUUUCAUGGAACAUUGGAACGUUAAUACGAAAAUCCAAUGAAAACCUACCUAUUAGUACUAUUAUUAUACUUUUAAGUUAUAACUAUUACUAUUGGUUAUAACUUAUAAAUAUUGAUUAUAAAUUAUAAAAUAUAUUAUAAUAAAAAUGUCCUAUACAUUAAAAUAUCUUUGGGAGUUUUUAAGUUGGCUCAGGAAGGACUAAACUCUCCUGACCCUCCCUCCCCCUGUUUACGCCCAUGAUCAAAAUUAAUAUCUGACUAAUUCAAUAAUCAUUAUAAUUUUGUUACAGAAAAGAAUAAACGAAAACUAGAUGUAUUUAAUUGGUAUUUCAAGAACAUUAACGAGCUAUUCAAACAUUGCCUACAGUCGUAAUUAAAUAAUCAGAAAAUAAAUCCAGUCGAUCAUUCUUUCACUAUCGGUGAAGUGAGGCAGAUGAACUUACAAAUCAAAUAAAAUUAUUUCGAAAAUAUCUUCACAAUUUCAAUUUCUUCAACAAUUUUUUUGUUAUAAUACUAUUCUAUAUAAUACAUUAUGUUUAAGCUUUAGUCUUCAAGCAUUCAGUCACUCAUGGUAUCAGUUAUUUUUAUUGUUUUUAGAGUUGUUAAACCGUCUUUACUCUCAUAUUUUCCGUUGUUACUUUUGCUUGCGUGGAGCACUUUUUUUCCCCAAGUGUUGUUUCAUUCAUUGAUUAUGUGAUUACUUUAAUUUAAAUAAACCUGAAUGUAAAUAAUUUGUUUCCGGUUUUUUUUUAGUUCAUUUUUAUAUUUAUAUAAUAAUAGUAAAUAAAAUAAAAUCGUAGGUGUAUGAACUACACUUUAAGUUUAAGAAAUGUAUCAUAAUAUAAUGUAUCAAAUCUAAUAAUUUAAGUUGCUGUUAGACCAGUGGGCAUAGAUAACGAG